AUGUUCGCGCUCAGAGUCACUCAACUCUGUCAUCAGUGCGGCAGAUUACUAAAAGAUUUUCACGAGCAGCAUGCAGCGUCUGUACUGCCGUUGGAUCAGGGAGAAGGAGCGUUGGAACAGGUAAACAUUACAGUGUAGGCCGUUCUUAACCCCUUAAGGACCAAAUUUCUGGAAUAAAAGGGAAUCAUGACAUGUCACACAUGCUUCCUGGCUGUCCGGUGAUGCACUUCCAGGCUGGACUGGCCCAACGGGAUCCAGGGAAAUGUCCAGGUGGGCCAUGGCAUCUGGGGCCCAGCAGACAGCCCUUAUCAUCAGGCUAAUGUCAUUUAAGUAUUUUCCCCUUGGACUGUGCCAGUCCGAGGGGAUUAAAGAGGGAGGAUUUGGGGGCUGGUGCAGCCGCAAUUAGGCUACUGGUGGCCGGAGGGAAACCUGUCAGUCUCCCUUCAAAAUUGACAUAAAUUUCGGCCGCAUGCCCCACACCCACACGUAAGCCCCUCCUCGAACAUAGUUCCGCCUCCCGUACACAAGCCCCACCUCUGCUAGUGAGUAAGCUUGUGUGUGGCUGCUAGUGAGUGAGCUUGUAUGUGUAUGUCAGUGAGCAUGUCUGUAGUGAGCAUGUGUGUGUCAGUGAGCUCGUCUGUUGGGAGCAUGUGAUUUUAUGUCAAUGAUCUUAUGUAUACCAGUGAGAUUGUUUGUCUAUGAGGCUGUGUAUGUGUCAAGAAUAUAUGGUGGUCCUACACGCAGAGUGUAAAAGAAUAGUAAAAGAAAUCAGAAACAACGAGGAAGCAUGUGUGUGGCCUGGGAAAACUUCAGGCUUAACCAUACCCCAUGCACCCAGACCCUGCAAGAUCACAGUUCAUGUGCAUGAAUUGUAGAAAUAAUAAAAAUAAAAUAGAAACUAAAAAGGCAGUGUGAGUGCAACCAUGCUAACCCAUUAAACAGUGCAUAGCGUGACAUGCACUAUUCGGUGUGUGACUAUAACAAAACAACAUGUGUAAAUACAUAUGUGGCACCUUGGCACAGGGGGCGUAAUUCCGAAAUUACACACUGAAGCACCAUAUACCACCUGGGAUAAUGGCAGCAUGUAACCGACCACAGCAUAAAAGCAAUAGCUAGACUAUUGGGACAAAAUAGCAGACAAGAAAAAAAAAUACAUAUGUUUAUUGCGUCAGGAUCACACAGAAGAAAAAGUGUGGAAAUAAAAAUUAUUACUUUGAAGCAUAUCAAGAAAAUCCAGAACAUGGAAAAAGGAGGAGCAUAGGACCGAACACAUGCGAACGCAUCCAGUGUGUAGUAAGUACACCACUUCAUGAAUAAAGAGCACUGUAUAUAAAGUGCUAAGGUGUAUCUAAGUUUUAAAGAGCCACUACUACUUAAGGUACAUAGAAGUGGCACUGUGAACAAAGUGCAGUCAUACUAAAGUGCCACAUAUACUUAAAGUGCAUAAUAAUAUUAAAGUGACACUAAUUAUAAAGUGCACAAACUAUUAAAGUGCAAUUCAUUUUUAUAGUGCAACAAAUUUUUAAAGUGCAUGGUAUGUUAAAGUGCCUCUUAUUGUAAGAUAACCAUAACCACAAUGCAGUACUAUACAAAACUGGACGGGAGGACUGGUUUACAAUUAACUUAAAAACAAAUUAAUGUUAGGCUAGGAGCAAAAAUUUUUUUAGAUAGUAGUUUUAACUUCAAACAUUCCAAAUAUAUCCACACAAGAAGAAUUCAGAGGAACGAAUAAUAGGGUAUCGUCUCAUUAAGUCCUUUGGGGGACAUAGACUGAAAUUCGUGUAUCCAGUAUACUUCCCUAUUGAGAAACAUUCCGCCCCGGGUACCUCGUCUUGAUACUGGAACGUGAUCAAUUGCUAAAAAUGUAAGCAUAGUUAAAGGACCACUAUAGUGCCAGGAAAACAAAUUCAUUUUCCUGGCACUAUAGUGCCCUGAGGGUGCCCCCACUCUCAGGGUCCCACUCCCGUGGCGCUGAGGGGGGUGGAAGGGGUUAUUCCCUUACCUUUUUUUCCAUCUUACUGACAGCCACUAGAGGCGCUGCACCUCCAUAGGAAAGCAUUUUGAAAGCCGGAGGUUUGAAUGCGUUUGUGGCUCUUGCCGCGCAUGCGCAUUCAGCGCUGACAUCAGCAGAAGGAGAGUUCCCCGGCGCUGGAGCAAGGUAAGUGUUUUAACCCCUUUAGCCCAGCGGGAGUGGGACCCUGAGGGUGGGGGGGACCUAAAGACCCUAUAGUGCCAGGAAAACUAGUUUGUUUUCCUGACACUAUAGUGGUCCUUUAUUGCACGUAUGCAAGUCUUCUACAGGUGCUUUAACCCCUUAAGGACACAUGACAUGUGUGACAUGUCAUGAUUCCCUUUUAUUCCAGAAGUUUGGUCCUUAAGGGGUUAAAUAGAUGGUCCAGCCAUUUAGCAGCAGGCUCUAGCACCUCAUCAAUGGGGAUACAAUUUCUGUUAUCUUGUUCUGGAUUUGUACAGUAGGAUCUUGAGUUAGUUGAUAGUAUUUCUGUCUAUCUGCCAAUUGUUGUUUCAACUCCUGUGAGUAAUAGUUAUAGUCCAUAAUGACUAUACCUCCGCCUUUAUCAGCCGGUCUUAUGGUGAUAGUUGCGUCAUCUGCCAAAUCCUUAAUAAUCUUCCUUUGGAAUUUCGUCAUAUUGUGAUGUCUUCCUGUAUACUUAGCCAUCUUUUCUUUAACUUCGUUGUUAGUAACUGUCAGGAACAGUGGAGGGUUUAUAAUGUUUAUAAAAACUGCAAUAAUUACACUUGCAGGGUUAAGGGUGAUGGGAGUUGCCACCCAAAACACUCCAAUGGGCAGAAGUGGUCUGGGUGCCUGGAGUGUCCCUUUAAUAUAUAUAUAUAUAGGCAACAGAGCAGUUUAUGUCAGUUUGGAAUUGCAGUAAAAAAGUUAAUAGCAAUUUGGAACACCUGAAUUUUGCUUAGCCCUACAAAUAUAAAAUUAAAUUCUUUGUUUUUUAAGUUACAGAGAUAAAAGAUAUAGAAGGGGAUGGAUUAAAGUAAUGAGUCUUUACCACAAAUGUUUCCAGCAAUGUGACACCCCCUCAACCCAUUUAAAGUAAACUAAUUACAUGACCAACCUCAUGGCUGCCAUGGGAGAUACAAAUGUACCUUUCCACCAUCACACUCAGCUGGCAGGCACAGAGCAGGUUUGGGAUGUGUGUGUGUGACGUCAGAGGCGACAGCUAGAGGGAGUCUUGUUCCUGGUUCUCAGGUAAGACACCAGCUGCUGGAGGAGGGAGGAGGAGGAGGGGGACUUGUUCACCUGCUGCAGUGCCUACAGGCAGGGGUGGGGGAGUCAGAGAGCCACUUACUAAAGGCCAAACAGUGCUGCACCUACAUAUAGGAGGAGGAGAAAUACACUGCAUUUAACCAUGAGAGUGCAGGGCUGCACUAACUUGAUUUCUGUCAUUUAAUAAUAAUAAUAAUUAAUAAGAGGGAGGGUGCGCUAAGGAUUUAGAUUUUACAUGGAAAAGAGAAAGCCAAACAAAAAGAUGAAGCCUUCAAUAAAAUGGUGGAGUGAGGAUCUGUUUGCAGUGGAAACUAAUACUGACAGGAAACACCAACAUGAAGGAAGCUGGGAGAGUGAGAGCACUGAUUAUAGGAAUGCAGUGCUAGUAUGUGAGCACAGGAUUAAUGCUGGCAACAAUUAAUGUGUAUGACCUUUGCCCCCCCAUUUAGGCACUGACAUUGUAUCCCCCCUCCCUCACAUCCAGGUAUUGUCAUUGUAGCCCCCCUUCUCCAUGCAGUGUCAUUGUUUGCCCCCCUAUCCAGGCAUUGACAUUGUAUCCCCCUCCCUCCCAUCCAGGUAUUGUCAUUGUAGCCCCCCUAUCCAGGCAUUGACAUUUACCCCCCCCCUCCUCCCAUCCAGGUAUUGUCAUUGUUUGCCCCUAUCCAGGCACUUACAUUGUAUUCAACCCCCCCUCCUCCCAUUCAGGUAUUGUCAUUGUUUGCCCCUAUCCAGGCAUUAACAUUGUAUCCCCAUCCAGGCAUUAUCAUAGUAUGCAAUAUCAUUGUAGCUCCCCUCCAGGAAUUGUCAUUACAGCCCCCCACUCUCCAGGCAUUGUCACUGUGUGGCCCAAUGCUCCAUCCUUGGGAGGGCUGUGAGAGUGCAGGAGAAGGAGGAGCUGCAGGAGGAGGGGGAGGAAGCUCCCUGUGCUUGGGUGACGUUGCAAGGGAUACACCGUGCAGCUUCCCCCAUCACAGGCCCUGGGAUCGGCUCCUGGAACUCUCAGCUUAUUCACUAAAUUCCAUCCCAGGUAGCGAUAUGUGAAUUAUGUCCUUUUAUUCUCUGCCGCUGUGUGUCUGGUGCCUGGGCUCCUCACUCUCUGUCAUUUCCCAGUGAGUCUGGCUGGCUCUCUGCAGGUGAUUUCCCUGUACAUGGCUGUGGGUUAUGGGGAGGGUGGACAGGUGCUUGUCUGCAAAGCUGGGGUGUUAAUGGGCUUUUUUUCAAUCAGAUCUAUGUCACCCUGUACCACAUCUAACAUAAUAUUGGGAAUUCACUGUUUCUGUGCUCAACAUGUAGUAUACCAAAAAUUCCCCCUAUAUCCAUAUGUUCAUUAAAAGCAAUACCAGGUUAACUAGUGACCCCCUGAGCAUGGUGUGACUUCUAGCCCUCUGUAGUUAUUUAUCUCUACCUGAAGGGUGGCCAGCACAAACCAACAUCUGUAGAUUAACAACAACUCCCAUUAUGCUGUGCCUGUCUUUAGGGAGUUGCAGUUAUGCUCCAGCUGUGAGCUAGCUUUUAGCCAACCCCACUGUGGCUUACUAAACUUGAGAUAUCUUGUGUCAAACAGGAUUUACAUUUUUUUUUCUCGAUUUUUGGAUGUGCAUCUCCUGUUAAUAUUCUCUAAUGCAACAAGUAGGCCAGACACAUCAUAUAACUCCAUAGAGCCCAGUCACAGAAUAUUUAAAUGACAAGAAAGUAAUAGACUAUUCCUCAGGCUUCUUAAAAGUAUAUUUGGUUUUAUAUCAUCUUUGAGUACACCUUAGAAAUUGGCUGACAUCUCAUUUAAGUUUGAAGAGGUUAAACUGUUUUUAUAAUUUUUGUAUCUAUGCAGGUAUACUUAACAUCUAUGUCUUAAGUUCCUUAGUCACCAGUUUAAUGUAAUGUACAAUAGCCAAGGGCGACAUAAACAUCACAUGGCGUCCAAAAACACGGAACAUUUACAUAAUACUUGUAUAAUCAAGUAAAUAAUAAAAAGAGGGAUUUAUUUGAGAAUUGCAAGGUGUCGCACACAAUGUUGUCUUUUGUUGUGUGAAUAGUCAGGUUAGACAGAUUAAUAUAUUUUUCAGGGGAUUAAGGUGAAAUGUUUUGUUUAUUUUUAUAAUGGUUUUAUCACCAGCUAAAUGUUUUUCCUGUGUGUGCAGAUACACAUGGUUAUUUAAGCUUUUUUAUGUAAAUCCAAUUUAAAGGAACACUGUAUGUACUGUAAUCACUACAUUGUGCUGUAGUGGUUAUGGUGCCAAGAGUGCCCUGCCCCUCCAUGUAAGUAGUCAAACCAUUUGAGAAGCAUAGAAGAACUAACAGAAGGUCCUAGUGGGAUCUUACAGCUGUUUUGGAGUUUGCAAAUAAGCAGGGAGCAGAACCAUGUACCCCCCACAUAAGAAGUCAAAACAUUCUAAAAUGGUUUGACUACUUACAAUGAGGGGUUGCCGGGGCCCUCCUGGUUAUGGUGUUUGGAGUCUUCCUUUAUAAUAUGAAACCAAACUAGUUGAAUUCAUUAAAAAAAAAAAAAUCUUUUCAAUUGGGAUAUUUUGGUCUAAAAUUUUAAAUCACUUUGAACUUCUGUAGCGUCAUACCUUAGUAUCUGAUCUUAAUCGUCUGCCUGACUGAGUGAAUGUACACCUGUGCACUCCCAUAAUGCCACUGGCUCAAUACAAAAUGCAGGUAUUUCAACCACCUUGGUGUGACUUGGAGGGAGAGCGAAAGGUAGCUACAUUUACCCAAACAUCUCUCCUAAGUGCCAUCAUGUUUCUCUCGGAACUCCAGAUUUUUUUUGCCAUAUUUUGCAAAUAAAUGUACACAUAUCUAAGAAAAAAUUGUAUCUACUUUCCCUUUUGUAUAGAGUAUGGUACUCUGGAGGGGGGGGGAAUCUUUAACGGGACACUAUAGGCAUCCAGACCACUUAAUCUCAGUGAAGUGAUCUGAAUGCCAUGUUCCCCAUGUUCUCUGCAGGAAAGCAAUGUUUACAUUGCAGGGAUUAAAUACCUCUAGUGGCUGUCACUCUGACAACUUUGUUUUCCUUUAAAUCCUCUGAUCAAAAGUACCAUUUAUCCAGCUGAAAACCAUGAACUAAUAGAGUGGCUGAAGCCAGUUCAGAUUGUGAUUUUCAGGUAUCAGACAUUUGAAUUUUACAUUAGGGUUUAAUGUGAAAGAUGUUAGUCCUCAUAUAGCAACACACACUGGCAUGUGCACUGAGAAGAGAUAUAUUGGAGCAUGGGUGUCCAACCUUUUGGCUUCCCCUGGUUACAUUGAGUGAAGAGGAAUUGUCUUGGGCUGCACAUAAAAUAUAUAAUAUAAUUUGUCUAUACAAUAAAACUUUGAAAACCCUUUUUAUUAAAUUUGAUAUUUCAUCUGUUUAUUAUCAUAUGUGGGAUUUCCAUAUUUAAGGAUACCAAUUUAGGGAACUAUUUACUAAACACCUGUAUAUACAUUACUUAUAACCAAAGAUAUACACACACACAUUCACAGACCUAUGCAUACCGACAUACGCAAUCACAGUCACACACCCUCAAACACACACAUAGAAUCACAUAUACUCACAAUCACAAACCUAUACACAUAAUCACAGACCCACACACUUACACACAAAAUUACGCAUAUACAAACUCAUAAUCGCAGGCAUUACACAAACACAAUCACAGAACCACAAACGCACACAUACAAUCACAGACCUAUACACCCAAUCACAGAUACACACAUAUACAAUCACAGACCUGAACACACAUGCACAUAAUCACAGACCCACACAAUCACAAACCCACACACUUGCAAUCACAUGCACACAUAAUUGGCAUACACACACAAAAACCACAUCAUACACAAAUAAUUAGUAAUUAAGAGGUCCACCCAGCCUCGCUACCUUGCUCUGGGAGGGCUGGAGUAGAUCUUCUCCUUGGUGGCCAGUGAUUGCAGCUGUGAUGGGAUAACUGUGCGCUUCCUGCACAGGUCCCUCAUGCGCCCUCUAGUGAUGCCGAUGACGUCAUGUCCCAGCUGCCGUUUCACGGUUAGGCGUAAAAGGGAACUGUGCAGAAAGAGCACAGUAAGUAAUGUGCACCAUGCCUCCCUCACCGCCCAGCAGCCUGGACGGCAACUGGUAUGCAUUACAAGCGAUUCAGGGCCUCAUGUGGCCUGCGGGUUGGACACACCUGGUGCAGAGGCUAUAAUAUGCUUAAUGUUUAAUUUUAAAUACUAAAACCAAAGAUUUUCUUUAACGUUCACAAAUAAACUACACUGAGAGCUAACAUAUAGAAAUAAGCAGUUCAUGCUUAAACUAUCAAAUGUCUAUGUUUAUACGCACUCGUUUUAAGAGUACAGCCACCUAAAGUACCAAAACAACGUUUUGGCCCUCUGCUGGGUAAUUAUGUUUGAUAAAGGCUCCAGCAGAGAGCUGAAACAAUAAAGACGGCUCACUAACAGCUAUUUGAGUGCCCAGACAUCUUUCUUUUUUUAAAUUGAUGAUUUGUGUCUUCUUCAAUUGUCAUAGAAUGUUAUGGUGUUAAACCUCCCACCCCCUUUUUAAAUUUUAUUUUGUUUUACUUUGCUGGUUCCAGCACCGAGACUCCCUCCUCAGUGAAGGUUAAAUCCAAUGCUCCUCAUAGAGUUUUACAUUGCAGGGAUAACAGGACAGGAACACUGCACCUAGACCACUUUGUUUAGAUGAAGUAGUUUUCGGUGACUAUAGUGUACUUUUAAGAUAGUGGAGUGGUGAAGUAAGAACAGACUGGUAAACAGCUAUACAACCCAAUGAGCCAAAAGGCAAAGUCUUAUUGCUCUAAAAUUUUUGUAUGAUUCCAGUAUCCUCAUAACUGUAGAUAGAUAACUAUAGUUACAUUCACUAUAGUGCCAGGGAAACUCGUUUUUCUGGCACUAUAGUGCCCUGAGGGUGCCCCCACCCUCAGGUCCCCUCUGCCACCAGGUUCUAGGGGGUGGAAGGGGUUAAACUUAGCUCUUUCUCCAGCGCCGGGUGGGGAGCUUUCCUCCUCCUCUCCUCCUUCCUAGUGACGUCAUCGGCUGAAUGCGCAUGCGUGGCAGGAGCCGUGCGCGCAUUCAGCCAGUCUCAUAGGAAAGCAUUCAUAAUGCUUUCCUAUGGACGCUGGCGUCUUCUCACUGUGAUUUUCACAGUGAGAAGCACGCAAGCGCCUCUAGCGGCUGUCAAUGAGACAGCCGCUAGAGGCUUUAGAGGCUGGAUUAACCCUCAGUGUAAACAUAGAAGUUUCUCUGAAACUGCUAUGUUUAUAAAAAAAAAAGGUUAAUCCUAUCUGGACCUGGCACCCAGACCACUUCAUUAAGCUGAAGUGGUCUGGGUGCCUAUAGUGGUCCUUUAAUACAGAGAAAUGGUUCAGUAACACUAUAUUCACUGCAUAUUACUAGAAGCUUUUCAUCGGGGGGGGGUUGAUUAAAAUCAUGGUUUAAUUCACUAGUCGUCAAGACUCCAUUUCAAUAAUGAUUUUAAAAUGUAAAGAUUAUUUCUUGCUGGUUUUUAUAAUAUUUAAUAUUUGCAACCAGAAAAGAUUUCAUGUUCACAGAAUAAUACGUUUUCAGGUCAGUUUAACAGUUAUAUCAAAACUGAUUUUGUCAUAUAUAAUUAGAAAUAAAUAAACAUAAAAAAUCAAGGUGAACGAACUCCAUUUUAGUAGGUUAAUCACUCGUAUAUGGAAAACAAUUUAAAUUAAAUUAAAAGGUGUUUGUUGUCUGUACAUAGAUUUACACAAUAAGGUCUUUUUCUGAACCUUUGUUUUAUAAAAUGUUUGCUGUAAAAAAGUGCUAUCUCUGCAGACCUAACUCCAAGUAACGUGAAUUAAUGGAAUUAAUUUACCGAACCUGUAAAUUUUGCAUGAAUAUACAGGCUCAUGCUAUGUAGCUAAUCCAUAUUUUGUGCUGAAUAACCUUUGUUCUAUCAUGUAUCUGAAAUAGAAAACUUUCUUUAAAUGGUUAUUUUUUCCCCUCCAAAAGCAUUUUAUUAAAUGAAAACCUAUUUAAAUAAAAGAAAAUAAGAAAUGAUUUCAAUAAAAAAAGUUGUAAAAAUCAAUUUUUUAAAUGAUUUCUUUAAAAAAAAUAAACAUCUAAUUUCCAUAAGGAGAUAUGCGAUCAUGCACAACUUGUAGUCACUGGAAUCCUUUGAGUGAAUGAGCAGUUUAACCCCUUAAGGACACAUGGCAUGUCAUGAUUCCCUUUUAUUCCAGAAGUUUGGUCCUUAAGGGGUUAAAUAUAGAGUUGGCAUGGUUUAUAAGUAUAAAAUACUUUUUUCAAGGCUGCAGCUUUGACUAUAAAAUAUAAUUCAUUAAAUAAUUUGGUUGUUACAGCACAUGCAUAUCUAUAUUCAGUGGCCACUUUCUAAGUUAGGCCGUCUGAUCGUAAGUUUUUUUUUUGUUUUUAUUAAAGUGGUUAUGUUCCUUUUAAAUUGCUAUGUAAAUGUUCAAAUAUGUUAAGUGAUUAAACCUGCUUUUCAGGUUCUGCCCCAUUGGUUAAUUUUUGUUGAUAAAAAAAACAUGUGUUUUAUUCUUAAAGUUGGAGUCACAUUUUUGGUGGUGCUGGUAGUGGCAGAACCAAUUUGGCUCAUCAGAAGAAAUGCCAUUGAAACAUUUACUUAAUUGAGGAAAUCAGUGGAUGUAAGAACAAAAUAUCACUAUCUUCACAAUACUCCUUUGUUGCUGCUACCAAAAGCUAUUUCAAUAGUAGAAGGGCCCAUGCACCAUGAUUUAUAUCAUGUUUCAGGGAGGCAAAAACAAAUUAUCAUGGCUUGGUAAAAGCAUUGUCUGUUGGUGUUGCGGGAAAAAAAGUGUUCAAUGAACCCACCAUUUGAGUGCCUGGUCUUCCUUGAAAAUUAUAAAAUAAAUUAUUAUUAAAGGGACACUAUAGUCACCUGAACAACUUUAGCUUAAUGAAGCAGUUUUGGUGUAUAGAACAUGCUCCUGCAGCCUCACUGCUCAAUCCUCUGCCAUUUAGGAGGUAAAUCCCUUUGAUUAUGAACCCUAGUCACACCUCCCUGCAUGUGACUUGCACAGCCUUCCAUAAACACUUCCUGUAAAGAGAGCCCUAUUUAGGCUUUCUUUAUUGCAAGUUCUGUUUAAUUAAGAUUUUCUUAUCCCCUGCUAUGUUAAUAGCUUGCUAGACCCUGCAAGAGCCUCCUGUAUGUGAUUAAAGUUCAAUUUAGAGAUUGAGAUACAAUUAUUUAAGGUAAAUUACAUCUGUUUGAAAGUGAAACCAGUUUUUUUAUUCAUGCAGGCUCUGUCAAUCAUAGCCAGGGGAGGUGUGGCUAGGGCUGCAUAAACAGAAACAAAGUGAUUUAACUCCUAAAUGACAGUGAAUUGAGCAGUGAAAUUGCAGGGGAAUGAUCUAUACCAGUGGUAGUCAACCUUUUUCUACCUACCGCCCACUAAUGCAUCUUUCUUGAUGGAAAAAUUUCCUUACUGCCCACCAGUUUUCGCGCAAGCGCGGAAUAUUUUUUAGAAAGGAGGGUGUUUUAAAAAAAAUAAACAUACGUACAUUUAUCUUUUUAUUUCUACUUUAUGCAUGUUUAUAAUAUUUUUAACUUUAUAAAGUUUAAUUAGAAAUUAGAUCCUUGAGGCUGAUGCUGCGAGACUAAAUAUUUGAUAUCUGGUUCGAUUUUCGUAAGGAAUAAACGAAGGUCUCCUCUUUCGGUGAUAUUCAGAUGGUUUCUCUGUUUUCUCAUAAUAUGAUUAACAGCACUAAAGCCUGAUUCUACAAGAUAUGUGGUAGUGAAAGGUAUCAAUAAAUUGAACAGCAUUUUCCACAUAUUUGGAUAUAACGCAGGCAUUUUUUUUUUUUAUUUUGCCAGAGUUUUUGGUAUCCACCACUGCCAAAAUUACAAAAGUAAUUACUACUUUUACUCUUAUGUUUUGAUCUGCACCCCACACAGUCCUUUUUUCCCUUUUAUUACUAACACCAAAAACAAUGCUGUAUUAGGUGCCAAUUUUUAUUAAUGUCACCAUCAAAAGAAAUUCCUUUUCCUGCCUGCUUCUUUACCUUCCUUAUAGUAUAUCACUAUAUUAAGGAUCUAUUUUUCCUUUUUUUUAUUUUCUCCUUCCCUUACUUAUUUUUUUCUUUUAUUUUAUAAGAUAACAAAACUUAAUUUAUGAGCCAGACUAAACACUGCUUACUCUCCUCCUUUAUUUUAUCCCCUUUUCUCUAUUUUUCUUCCUUUUUUUAUCUUUUCCUUUUUAUCUCCUUUCUUUUACCUUCCUGAGCGACAAAAGUAAGGCUGAGCUAGUUAGCCCACUUAUUAUUAUUAUUAUUAUUAGCCUGCUUCUGCCUGUCCCUGCUAUCAGUUUCCAAUCCUCCCCUAAACAAUUCUCUUUCUCCUGCCUAUAACUUUUCUUUUUCAACUCCUCUGCUCCGUUUCAGCCUGCUUCUGCCUGUCCCUGCUAUCAGUUUCCACUCCUCCCCUUCCUCUUCCCACGUGUUUGCGUGCGCUCGCUCCCGCCCGGAAACUUCUCGCACAAAAGGAGGUUGAUUGAUAUAUAUGUGCGCUCGCGCCCGCCUGCGCCACCCGCCCACUCGCUCACGUUGGUUUCUUGAUGUGUGCGCUCGCUCGCUCAAAAGGAGGUUUUAACCUCCAAAGUCCCUACCGCCCACCUGGAAUCCCAAAACGCCCACUAGUGGGCGGUAGGGACCAGGUUGACGACCCAUGAUCUAUACACUAAAACUGCUUUAUUUAGCUAAAGUAAUUUAAAUGACUAUAGUGUUCCUUUAAAAUAAAUUAUAAAAUAAAUACAUAUCAUAGCUAGCAUUUAAAUGGGUACUUUAAUAAGCAUAAAAACUACAGUGCUCUGUAUAUUGGUUGUGUUGCCUAGAGCAGGGAUUAACAUUUGAAGUCCUAUGCUACUAGCCAGGCCUUAAAAGUUCUUCUCCACGGUAAGACAUAGUAUGCUCACAAGAGGUAAAUUGCUAAUGGCGAGUGGAAAUUAGAGUUUCCUGGCCUUGGCCCCAAUUUAAUGUCAAACCUAUCAGCAACAUUUUGACAUAAACUGGUGCUCUUCGUGAUGCCUAGAGACUGCCCUCUCCACAGCCGUAUUUUAAAUGCGGAAUUAUCAGAGUGAGUUUUGUCCACACUGGACAGCACUAGUUGGAUUACAGUGAAGAUUAGAAAGUUCUCUGGUUUUGUCUCCUGGUUCAGUUUCAAACCAUUAAGGAGCAGCUUGCCAUGAACCAAGGCUCUUCCUGCAGACUUUCUCCGCCUUGACCCUUCUGCAUUACCUAUAUCAAUUUCAACCCAUCUACAAGGCAUUGUCUGCAUUAGGGUGCUAGGCUAACAUGCCUCCAGCACUCAAAGAUAAUUAAUGCCAUCCAGGUUGGAUGAACUCAACAUUGAUAAUGCAGAAGAAUUAAUUAUACAUUAUCAUUGUGUCCAAGUAGUAGGAGGUCUCCGAGCUUCGUUAAAAGCCGUUUUGUUUGUUAAACCAGUUUUGGUGACACAACACUGUGGGCACAUUUAAAUUUCUUAGUGUGUCCAUUUCAAUAUUACAAGAAGUAACAUUUCAAACCAAUAUAAUAUUUUACAGAGCAGAUGCAGAUUACCGGUCGCCUUUCGGGCUGAUUGCUGAUAACCGGUGCCAGUAUUCUUUACAUUUAAAGUUUUGAAAAUGCAACACAAUUUCUACACAAAUCUGGCAUUAACUGACCAUGCGGACAGCAAUCACACUCUCAGGCAGCCAGUACAUGCUGGGUUCAGUGAGAUUUUAGCAAGUAUACUGCUCUAACUGAAAGGAGUGCAAUAGCUGACAGCAAUCAUUCUCCUAUCACUCAAUCAGCCAGCCCAGUACUUUACAGUAGAUUAUUUAUUGUCUCGCCUCCCUGCCUUCAAUUAAGUUCCGCAUGUGGGAAUUCAUAGGGAGUGUAGAUACGAGGUAGCAAUGUAAGGCUUCAUUGGCUGGUGGCUGGAGUUUACGGAUAGGGAAGACUACGUGCGCUGACUGGAAGAGAUGAGUAAGUUACUGUAAUAUUGGUAAAUGACAAGGCUCACACCGGUUAUCAAAAAUAUGCCAAGUAUUGGCUCUAAUAAUCGGUGAAACGGAUAAUCGGCCUGAAAUUUGUUUACUAGAAUGUCCUACUUUACACAAAUGUCAGUGGCAGUUUUACUUGUGACAGUUACACACACUGUUAUUUACAGACAAGAAACUGGUGAAAUUAUCUCUUCCAAGAAAUUGUGACAGAAAAAAACACAUAACCAUUACUUAUCAUGACAGAAUGAACAACGUGAAGGGAAAAAAAAUACAAGUGCGUAUUACAAUAUAUACAUUGUGUUUGUUUGAUGGUUGUGAAAUGAAUAAUUCCCAUUUGAGAGAGUUGUUUAUAGAGAAUUAUCAGCAAUUGACAAGAAAAUUUAAAUUGUUAGGCUAAGGAUGUUGAAAUGUAAAACCUUACCUAAAACUCUGCCUAUGUUUCCAGCUCAGGUUUGUUGGCAUAUAAUUUGACAUUUUCUGGACAAUGCACAGUUUAUUUAAUAAUCUAGACAGGGUCUCGGGGUUUCCAAGCAGGUUUCUAAAAUGAAGAAACAGUGAUUCUACCCAGAGAUUUUUGUAUACCGAUGACUUAAAGAAACAAUCUAAGAACUAAAACCAUUACAAUUUAAGUGUUUUUUUGUGUGUAGUUGUUUUCCCUUUUGUACACAGCUGUCGAUUUGCUCCCUGUUUGGCGAGUGCCAUCUUUAUUCCUUUUUGAUAUCACAGAAGAGACUGUGAUAGAUUUUAUUUCAUGUAUUGAAACCUAAAAACAACAAGGAACACUCUAACAUAUUUAAAAAUAAAUAUAUUUCUUUUUAAAGUUUGUGUUGCUUUAAGUGCUCAUACUGCAAAAAGUGUAUUGUAAUUUCUUGAUUUUUUUUGUGUUUUAGUUUUGUGAAAUGUGUUUGCUAUUCUUGUCAUGUGUACAGUAAAUAGUACUGUAUGUGUUAGCAGAACAUGUGAGUUAUUUUUUAUUUAAUCUUUAGAGACUGACGUGUGCUUGUUUGUUUUUCUUCUUCAUCCUUUUGCUUGGUUUGCUCUGUAAUGAUGCAUGAAUUUAUAUCAUACAUUAUAGCAAUUAGAGGCACAAGGGAGCUGAACUGAUCAAUAUUCUACUUUCUGUAUUCUAGGAGUCCAGAAACUGCCACAUUACUUGCAGGCCGCGUAACUGCAGCCUGUAUGUGGAAAGGGAUCAUGGUAAAAAUGAAAUUAGAGUUUCCCAACAACACCUUCGAGCAAGCUUGCCAGGGCUGAAUUUCCAUUAAAUUAUGUUGGUAUGGUGCCAGCAGGCCCCUGGGCAAACUUUUACCUUAAGGGUUUAAACUCUUUUCUAAUGGUUUACCCCCACAGUGUGCGGUGAUCUGCAGUUCCCCCAGGUGGCAUCCAGCUUUUGAAUCUCGGUUUAAGGAACGCGCAGAAUGCCGCCGGGAAAGUGUCCUGCUGAUUGGCUUAGAGCGUCAGCAACACUUACUUUGGUAAGUGUGGGACCACUAAUUCUGGCCCUAGUUGGCUUAGGAGAGAACCAGGUAUCGAGUUAUAAAUAGGUUUCCGUGGUUCCAGCAACAAUCUGGCCCUGCUGGUACUUAAAAGGCACAGUGUUCUAUGCCAUCCUUGGGUAUAAAAAGCUUGAAAUACAUAAUGGCAUAGAACAUCAUGCGUUUUUAAACGGUUUAACUACUUGCAGAGAAGUCCAAACACAUAAGGCACUUCCACUUCCCGAAUUGCUUUAUGUGUGAAGAGUGUGUACAUUUAUUAUUAAUUUUAGAAAAAUGACAAUUUUAAUAUAACUCUGCACCUUCAUAAAUGAACCUUGUUGCACCUCCCAAGCUGUCAAGCAGACAGCUGGUCCUGUCCCUUUCCUGAGUUUAUCUCUGAAUUCACUAAAUUCAAAUGGCAGGCAAUUAUCCAUAGCACCUGCCUUGCAAAGGCUUUUCAAUGAGCUGUAAUACAGAAAGUCUGUGCCAGGGAAGACGUGAAAAGCUUUAAAUAGCUGCAGAUUCUAGAUCUGCAGUUACUUCAAUCCAAGGCUUCAUGUACACCCAUCGAAAACCUGCAGAACAAAUUAUAUGCAUAUUAUCUUUGAAGGGUUUUAAUGUAUUUAUCUAGUGUUCCAUUCUUCCUUUACUUGAAAUGCAACAUUUUCAGGGAAUUUGUUUUUCAUAUUAAAGUAUUUUAUUUCAUCCACCUCCUGAACACAUGCAUCUACACAAUUAACAAUCACCAAACAAAUUAUUAAUAAUAAAGAUCCAACACGGAGAGGUACAGGUUUUUAAAAGCAGCCUCAGUUUUUGGAAUGCUGUUAUACAGGAAGAACAAAUAACUGUAGAAAUUAGGGAAAAUACAUUUUAGCUGAUUCGCAUACUUACCUGAGGCUUCAAUCCUAUGGAAGGUGUACUGUAAGUGAAGUAGAAAGCUGAUCAUGACAGAGUUCAAACUGGAGCACAUGUGUAUAACUGAUCAGUAUAUGAACUAUUUCAUAACUAGAAAGGUGAUUAUUGAAUUGCAAGUCCCACAAACCCCUGUCAGUCCCUCCCCAUACAGAAUAGGCAGACAGGCAGGCACUUUGGCAGAUUUAUAGGUGAGUGCUAUCUCUGCACGUUAACCCUUGAAGUGCUGGGUUAAACAUGUUCAGACUCCAUAGGCCAGUAUGAAGUUUAUUUGUCCUGAAGCUGUUUUCAGAAACACUGAAUAUUUGUAUCCAUGGUGUGUAUCCCUGUAUCCAUGAUGAGUCUGUUGAGAACAGAUGGUAUAGUGGGAUGGUGACUUGGAAAAUGUUUCUGUUAUUUAUGAAGUGGUAAUGCUGCUGAUUCUUGUUACAUUUGCUUGCUGUUUUGUCACAAACCAUCCAUCAGUAAGUGCCUAACUAGUCUGACCAGGUUUUGAUGAGUGUAGCAUGGUUAAAGGACCACUAUAGUCACCCAGACCACUUCAGCUCAAUGAAGUGGUCUGGGUGCCAGGUCCCCCAGGUUUUAACCAUUAAGAUGUAAACAUAGCAGUUUCAGAGAAGCUGCUAUGUUUGCAUUGCAGGAUUAAUCCAGCCUCUAUUGGCUGUCUUCUUGAACCUAGAGGCGCCUCUGCGACGCUGAAUGCGAAAAUCGCAUUCAGCGCGCAGAACGCAUUGAGAAAUGGGCGUUUUUAAUGCGCGCGCAGCUCUGGCCGCGCAUGUGCACUCCACUCGGGAGCUGACGUCAGAGUGCAAGGAGAGGUCACCAGCACCAAGCGAGCCCGGCGCUGGAUUAACGUAAGUAGCUGAAGGGGUUUAACCCCUUCAGCCCAGCGGGAGGGGGACCCUGAGGGUGGGGGCUCCCUUAGGGCACUAUAGUGUCAGGAAAACGGUUUUGUGAUCCUUUCAUUUAAUUUAAUUUAGGACCAUAUGCAGUCUUAGACACAGAAUUAAGGAUUGCAGGCUUACCCUCUUAGACUGGAGUCAGUCCCUGCCCAAUCUGUGUUAGUAAGGUGAAAACACACAUUGGCAAGCCAGCAUGCCUCUCCAUCCAUUUGGCCUUCUAACUAGUGCAAUAAUUGAUCAGUGUGAGACUGUACAUAUCUGUUUCUACUCAUGCUUUGGGGGCCACAAUCUACUAUUGUUGACCUUUGUAGGUGUGUGUGUGUGUGUAUGUGUAUAUAUAUAUAUAUAUAUAUAUAUAUAUAUAUAUAUAUAUAUAUAUAUAUAUAUAUAUAUAUAUAUAUAUACACACACACCCCCCCCCCCACCCCACACACACCACCACCACCCCAACAUGGAGAGCACAUUGUGAGACAGCAGGGUUUAGCUCUUAAUAUCAAAACAUAUACAUUAAUGUACCUCCCACAAUUUGGUAGGGGAGAAUCAGGGAGGGAGAGGCAAUCCCAUAGCCAGUGACUCAACCCGCAAUCCCCUGCAUGGCUCUAGUGCCCACUGCACAGCGCAAACUUAUGUAAUCAUGCAUAUAACAAAUGGGAAAUACAACACUUUUGUGCAAAUAGACAGCAGCAACUUUUGCAAGGAAUCCCCCUUUAUCCCAGACACAGACUUUCAGUCUCUGCCAAGGAGCUGACCAGUCACAAGUUUCUCAUUAAAAUCGGCACUUUUAUAAACGAUCAAAAACUUAGAAGCUGAAUUGCUUUGUGUGUCUGGAGUGUUGACACUGUGCAUUUGUGUCUUCCUUACGUGUUCAAGGGGUUAGAAAAGAAUGUUGUUGGUGGAGUUUAUUACAAUGAAUGACAACUGUGCUCUACAUACCCCAUGCUACUCCACCUCCAGUGACUGACUUUCAUCUGGAUAUUUUGUCAUUUCAUUGUCCUAACAUGCUUUCACUUUAUUUACUUUCAACCAAAUUGAACCUGCAUUGAGACUGAUAGGUCCCGCUUGUUUUCAAAUUGAUUUCUAUGCUGCCGUGACAAUUUAUUUCAAAAUACUUUUUUUUCUUUUUAAUUUGUAAUUUUUAUUAAUUUUGUUCAAUGUGAAAAAAAGAAAUUAGGGGUACAGUAGGGGAAAAAGGAGGGGGAUUAAUGGGUUACAACUUUUCCAUCAGUAUAUUCUUGACCGUAUAUAAGUAAGGUGUGAUCAUCAUACAGUAACAACAGCUUCACUCAUCUCUGUACAUAUGCACAUCAUAUUUCAGAAUCCGUCUACCUGAAUCCUUUAUGGAGACAGACCCCAAAGCGCAUGCUUAGGCAAACAUAGUAAUAUGCAUGAUAUCGCUCGUAGGCUAGGAGCCCAAAUGGAGCAUAGUACCAUGGAUCGUCAGUGUAAACAGUGAGUGUAAGAAACAAUUAGUGUAGGAUCACUGUGAUAAUGACAAGCAUCCAGUAUGGACGGGUGACUCCGAUGGACACAUUGCAUGCCCCAAGGAAGAUAGAGGGAAAAAUAAAGCUUGGGACAAGAAAUCACAAAAAUACACCGUGAUUGGGGUUGGAGAGUAUGUUAAGCUGAAUGAUGUCCACAGUUGCCAAGCAGUGUUGCCAACGGAGCACGUGGAUAGUUAACAGUACUAGCCUGGUGAUAAUAGUCUAGAAAAGUACAGGGAUAUCGAAACAUAGAGUGCUCCAAGGAAACCAGGUAGAAAGGGCCGAAGAUCAACAUGCAGCGAUAUUGGCUGCACCCCGUCAUAUGCCCUUCAGGCAUCAUUAAACAUUGUGUUUUCCUGUUAGAGGUGAGCGCCAUUCGCUCGUGUGCGUGAAAUUGUUUUAUAUUUGAAAAUACUAUUUGAAAAUAUAUCUGAAUUGCAACUGAACAGCAGCCAACUUUCCCUAAUAUAAGAAUAGAAAACCUGUUCAAUAGAAUCUAUAGCAUAUCUGCCGACAUUUCAAAUGGGCAAAGAGGAACGCUGUAAUUUUAGGGGUGUGUUCGGGGGGGCACAAUACUUGAAGUGUUAUUGCUGUGGAGCUUUGUUAUACACUUGGACACGCCAACAAUGUCGAACUCCUUAAAAAGAAGGACAUUAGGAUAAGAAAGAGGGACACAGGUAACAGGUAACUAAUCGGCAGCUACAUGUGGUGGAUUUAUGGUAGUUUUCCAUGUGGCUUUCGUUGAGGGCAGAGAUGAAAUUCCAAUUGGCUGAGAACAUCAGCUGAUCGGUCGCAGCCAAUGAGCUAGGCCCUGCAUUGCAGGGCUUAAGGACCAAAGUCAUAAAAUUUUCAGUUUUAAUUUUUUUUAAAGUUUGUCACAGUUAAUGAUACUUUUUAUGAUAUAUAUAUAUAUAUAUUGAUUUUAUUUGUUUUGGAACAUUUCACUUUUAUUUUGUUUUUACCUAGCUGAGCAGCCAUGUUGGGUUCGACGUUACUGUUGUUUGACCAACUGCUGCUCACCCUAACUUGCCUGCUUGUGCUGUGAUUGCUCAGUGUGAAACGGCAUCAGCAGCAGGCUAGUGAGUGUGAGCAGCUGUUGGUCAGAUAACGGUAGAGUCUAACCCAACGUGUCUGUUAGAUCAAUAAUGCAGGGCUUGGCUGAUCGGCUGAGAGUGAUUAGCAAUAUAUCCCACCAUUGACAGACAAUAAUACUGCUUUUGUUUGUAGCAAAUCAGAGUAGCCAAAAGUUAAUUUGCAUUAUUAUACUGCAAUAUUUUUUCUUUACCUAGUUAAAGCCAGGCCGGAGCUGGCUAUUUGGCAAAUCGGGUUAAAACCUGUAAACUGGCAUUGCUCCUCAGCCCAGGGCUGGUUUGGAGAUAACAGAUCUAUCUCCUUAAUGGCCUUGUGAAUAAAAUCAAAAUGUAACCACCAGGUUAUAUGACCGCUUCUCUGUCUGCUGCUCGAUGUAAGUGUCUUAUAAAGUAUUUGGCUACUUCUUGCACGGACCUCUGUUCAUGCAGUGUUCACCAGAUUGGAUUUGGACCAGUACAGUCAGCAGCGUGGACCUCUAACUCUCUCACAUUGCGACCAUUCACCUUCGCAUAGCUGAGGAAGGCGCCACAAGUGAAGUCAAGCGGUAGAAGGCUGAAGUUGACUGGGCACGGCCAACAUGUGCCUUGUUUGAUUUAUGGUCUCCGGUUUAAACCAAAAUAGCCAAAAUGAAGUAUAAGUGGCUGUAGGAUAUUUUGCAAUGUGGUCACUUUGGCCUAAAAUGUAAAAUUAAUUUUGAGCUUCUGACAAACCAUUAUUGUGAAAAAACAAAACAAAAGACUUUAGUCUUAGAGAAGAUUUUGCAAAGUUCCCCAUACUUAGUUGCCAAGCAGAUUCCUAUUACGUAAUCUAAUCAUGUUUGUAGCUCUUGGAUAAAUGCCAUCUUACUUUUUCCCUGUAAAAACUAUUACUUUUCAUUAAUUGCCUCCAAGUCUUUUCAAGGUCUAAUAUUUGAUUUACAGAAAUAUCAUUGAUCAUAUGAUGGUUGAAUAAUUUUAUUUUUAUUGGUUUUCUUUUCCAGGUGUCUCAAGACUAAACUGUCAUGGACAGUCACAGUUAGUAAGUACAUUUUUUAAACCCUUUAUUAACAAAAUCCCAUAUGUCUCUCACAAGUACUGCACUCCAUUUAAAAUAAUCUAAAUUUCAAUUAUUAUUUUUAUUCAUGCAAGUCUAUGCUUUGCUAUCAUAUUUUAGAUUUAAUUUACUGGAAGAGUUUGAUAUUUUUUUUAACACUUUACCAGGACCUGAUUGACAGCGUUUUGAUAUGAUCUAGGCCAGGCAAGCAGGUCAUCAAAUUCCCCUCUCACACAGAUGCUCUAUCCUACCAUACCUACGCCUGUUCUGGGCCUUAAAGGACCACUAUAGUGCCAGGAAAACAAACUCGUUUUCCUGCACUAUAGGGUCAUUAGGUCCGUCCCCCCCCCACCCUCAGAGCCCCCCUUCAGCCACUUACCUUUCUCCAGCACCGGGCUCCCUUGGCGCUAGUGUCCUCUCCUACUCCUGCCGACGUCAGAGCCAAAUGCGCAUGCGCGGCAAGAGCCGCUCAUUCAAACCGCUCAUAGAAAAGCAUUACUCGAUUUCCAUGGACAUCCAGCGUCUUCUCACUGUGAUUUUCAAUGAGACAGCCACUAGAGGCUGGAUUAACCCUGCAAUGUAAACAUAGCAGUUUCUCUGAAACUGCUAUGUUUUCAGCUGCAGAGUUAAAACUAGAGGGACCUGGCACCCAAACCACUUCAUUGAGCUGAAGUGGUCUGGGUGCCUAUAGUGGUCCUUUAAACCAAGCAUGGACACCCCUCAUACUGAUUUAAUGUUGCCACUCAUUGCUGUGUAAUAGAAACUCAUUUCUGAUGGCUCAAUAUCGUCUGUAGAAUAAUCGUAUAUUUCACAGACUCCAUUAUUUUGAUUUCAUCAUCUGGUUUUAAACACUUGCCACAAAAAUGAUCUAAUUUUAAAAUAUUGAAAUCAAAUGAAGUAAUGCAUUUAACCUGUUAAACCAGAAAAUAAUAUUCUUCAUUUAGUUACCUCAUUUAAAAGCUGCUAAAAGCAUUUUAUUAAUAAUUUUUAAAAUGGGGAAUGGCGGGUUUGUAGCACUUGUAGUAAAACGAACAAGGCAGCUCGAACUAACCAAACCAGAGUCUCUCAUUUGCGUCACAGAUAAAAUGUAUACAAGGAGAAGGGAAUUCCUCAGACACAGGAUAAUAUGCAACAAAAAAAAGUGGAAUGUGUUCACUAUUCAGGGCUAAUAAGUAUGUAGGAGUUUAGGAAAAUACUCUCUGUCUCAUUAGAGAUUUUUUUGCCUGAAGCUGAAGUAAGCAUGGUGAAUUGUUAGUGUAGGACCCACCUAAGAGGUUUGCUUUGACGUGGCAGGUGGGCUUACAUCUAAUGGCCAUUGGAGUGUCACUAAAAACCUCCAAGUACUUAAAUAUGCAUGGGAUAUGGGAUAGUGCACAAGUAACUAUUUUCUUUGUUUUUUGUUUUUGUUUUUUAUUGUAUGUAUUGGGGCUGAUGUGUACUAUUGUCAUUGCUGCCACCCAUUGCUGCCACUAUUGUCAUUGCUUCAUACUAAAUGGAGUGUGUACUUAAAUAGGUGUACACUCACAUUUUUGGAGCCUUCCGACAGCUCCUAGUGCAUAGUGUGGAGUGGUAUAUUCCCCACUCUUGGAUAUAAAUGGUAGAAAUCCUCACCGUGGUAUGAUGGGGAUAUAACAGAAAUAAAAUAGUGCUCACUGUAUUAAUUAAAAGGUGUAAGGUAAUAGGAAAUGUACUCACUGGUGCAGAGCAAAAUAAUGGUUUUGCUCAAUCCACAGGACGUAGGUGAUAUAUUCCCCAUCAAAGAAGGUGAUGUCCAAACGUCAGAGGAAACAGGCAGGUCCAGGAAUAAUAAAAAUUCACUAUUUUUAUUGAAGACAACUUAUAACAAGCAAUAAAAGCAAGUAAAACAGACUAAAAUAUAACACUUAUUUUAUUAACAGUUGCCCGAUACAAUACUGUUCCCUGUUUUGAUCAUAGAAAAUCUUUAGUUUAGUCUUGUGACCCCAAGUAGAGGACAGUAGCAAGCAGCGGCAAUAUCCCCAAAAAUGUCAAGGUUGUGAUAAUAUUUACACAAGCUAUCUCAUCAGUAUGCAUUUUUUUUUUUUUAUAAUAUAUAGUUUUAACAUUGUGUUUAUAUAUUUUAACUAAUUUUUUAUGAAAAUAUUAAUUCUAGGCAACAUAAACAUUAAUUUCUUGAUGCUUAAAGGGAAACUAUAGUGCCAGGAAAACAGAGCUACCGCCCCUAGGUCAAAACCCUUAGUCCUAAACCGAUGUCUCUCGAAGCUGGCUCUGGCUCCAAUGAUGUCGGUGGAAACCUAAUGCGCAUGUACGUCACUGGCCGCGCUCACAGUAGAACUUCCCCCACAGGAAAGCAUUGGGUGACGCUUGGUGUCCUCAUGCAUAGCGUGAAGACGUCCAGCAUCAAAAGUCGCCUUACGACUCGGAAGUCCCUCUGGUAGACAACCAUUAAAAGUGGAGUUAAUCCAUAAAUGUAAUUAUUUAUUAAAAACUGCAAUAAUUACCUUUGCAGGGUUAAGGUACCUAGGAAUUUACACCCAGGCCACUUCAAUGAGCUGAAGUGGCUUGGAUGCCUAUAGUGUCACUUUAAGGCCAACUGGACCAUAAAAAGAAGAGAUUGAAAUCAAAAAUGUAUUUAAUUAGCUGCUUUGUAGAAUUUAGGAGACACACUCUUUUGUUAAAGGAACCUUUAUGCCUCAUGUUCCUUUCUUAAUUUUGAUUACAGCCCCCUCCCCUUCUGAAACCAACAAAGUCAUCCAUUUUGAUGACUUUUGUCCAAUGCAGUUCUUCUCAUCUGGGGAUAUAUGGUGCAUGUGCAGCAAAAGUUUCACUGUACCAACUUAAUGCUGCUCUUAGAGAAGCACUGUAUUCUUUUGGCAUUAUUAUGCUGUGAUAACAAACAUUGAGACCUUCAAAAAAAAUCAGAGGUCUUCAGUGAGAAACCACCUUUAGUGUCUGUCAGCCUGCAGGAGGAAAUUGGUGUUUCUCAGAAACUUUAUUAAGAUGAAAUAGUAUUUCCUCUUAGAGUAUCUCUAUAAGGAUACUUGGAGGAUGUAGUAUAAAACCAAAGAGCGUGGUGUGUAAAAUGUUUAAGGUUUUAAUUAUGGCCCCUUUUACCAGCCUUCAAUUGUCAGACAAAAGAAAAUGAGCUUUUAUUUGCCAACACAGGCCAUAUUGGUGAUGGCUAAGUGGUAUGUGUUUUCUUACAGCCAGUACUCAAGGGAAUUCUAUGAUCGGUAUGCACAAAGCCAAGAAAAAUCUGUGGUGAACAAGAUGCAGCAGAAGUAUUGGAAAACCAAGCAAACGCUCAUCAAGGUUACUGGGAAGAAAGAAGAUGAACAUGUUGUAGCAUCUGAUUCAGAUCUAGAUGCUAAACUAGAGGUUAGGCUUUAAUUCUGAUGUAUAUUCAUGUCAAUUAGAGUGACAAGAGUGGCUAAUCCCUUAUAUGUAGGACAUUGUCCUUACCUGACACUUAACACUGGGAUUGGGGAAACCCUAAACGCCAAUGCUUUUCACCUCCUAAUCCUACCAGUGCUUGUAUGAAUGGCACAGUAAUUACUCUGCACUCCUAUGAAUGCAGCACGUUUACAAGAGUGUCAUUUUCACAAUCGGCAUUUUAAACACAACAUUUUGACAGACGUUUUUAAAGGAUGCCAAAUGUAAGUCAUUGUCUCUGAGUUCCCAUAAUUGUGCAAUAUACAUUUUCUCCAUAAGAUGGAGCACAUCUUUUACACAUCUAGAAGAAUAAUCUGAGCCUGAAUUGUUUGCCUAAGGGGUUGGAAUAAGACUAGGUGAGUCACUUGAAUGCCUAGGUAAACAUACAAAAUUGAACACCCUUUGUUAAUAAACUUGUAAUUAUUAUGCUCUAGGUUCUUCUGUAAAUAGAACUUUUACAUGUGACUCGAUAGCUAACUUAGGCCUAAAUUUAAUAUUGAUGGGUACGCUUUCUAAAAGGUUUUAUAGUCUGAAAAAUAUUUAAUAUUUUUAAUUUUUGGAUAUAGUGAGAUAUUUGUUUUAUGUGUGAUUUUUAAAAAAAAAAUAUAUUUUAGUAUGCUAAAUAAAUCAUUUCAAACAUUUAUGCAAAAAUAUAACUUGGCAAGCUUACCAACAACAUUAAAUCAAUGUCUAGUUAGUCUAUUCUUUAAAGGAAUACUAUAGGCUCAGGAACACAAACAUGUAUUCCUGACCAUAUAGUGCAAAACCCACCAUUUAGGUGGCUUGCCUCCCAUUAGCCCCCUUAAAAGUUAAUAAAACUCACCAUAUCUCGCUGGAGAUGCUGAACGGCACUGUUGCCUUCUGUGCAGCACUGAGCCAGGAAGCACCUCCAGUGGCCAUCUGAGGAGUGGCCACUUGGAUGUGUCCCUAGGGGCAAUAUAAACAUUGCCUUUUCUUUGAAAAGGCAGUGUUUGCAUGAAAAUGCCUGCAUGUAAUGAUUAUAUUCACCAGAACAACAACAUUAAGGUGUAGUUGUUCUGGUGACUAUAGUGUCCCUUUAAUGUACCUUAAGCUCACAGGCAUGGCCAUCUGCCUUUUGUAUCGAUCUGUUUAUAUUGUAUUGUUCUAAUUGUACAGCACUGCGGAAUAUGUUGGCACUUUAUAACUGUCAGUAAUAAAUAAAUACAUAAACAAAACAGGCUGAUAUGUGUGUGUGGAAUUUAAUGGAGAGAGAGUAAGGCUUUGGAAUGUGCAUGGGAGGGAGUGAUGGAAUAACGAAAGGGAUAAAUGAAAAGGCAGAGAGAAGGGAAGAAAAUGUAAAAAGAGGAUAUAUACUUACCAUAUCAGUUAAUAUUUCCACCUCUGUUUCCAUUUUGCUAUCUCCUCCUUAUUAGUAGAGCCCCAAAAUUCUGUCUCUCCCCCAUCUUGUCCAAAGUGACUCCCAUGCCAUAGGUUCUGCACUACUUGUACAGAUAAUGGGGUUUAGAAAUAAUUUUAAAAGCAGAUCAGCCAGUGUCUGAUGCAAUAAAACCUUUACUACAGAAAAAUCUGUACAAAUUUAAAGUCCACCUGAAAAGAAAGGGCCGCUGAAAUAUCUGACCAUAUCUUUGCCUCCUUAUCUUAAUCUUCCUUAACAAAGCGAAAACCAAAAGCAUGAACAGUACAGCUUUCCAAUAACUUUCAUAGAAAUUUAAAAAAACUGGUUCCACUAGUUGAAAAAGGCAAAUGUAAAUUUCCAUUUACUUACACAACCAGUUUUCAUUACAGUGAGCAGGUCUAUUAUGCAAUGCAUGGGAUUGUUGUAUACUCUUGAUAAUCACCUGCCAUGCAGAAGACUAUGGGUAAAAUAUAUCUGGCAUGUAGGGCUGAUUGGCUGAGUAAUCUCUGCAAGUUCCUGCAUGUAAAAUAAUAUCACUGUGAAAGGAGCAGAUAUUUUAUGUUUGCUUCAAUGGUUUUUUUUGGCGGGGGGUGUUGUGUGUUUUAUAUAAUUCUUUAAAAAGGGGGCAAAUCCAUCUUAGGGGCCGUUUUGAGCAACAAUCUAAUACACUUCCUGAAACAUUGGCAUAAGUAAAUAUAACUUGUGUGUAACAAUAUUAUACAUUAAAAAGCAGUGUUUUUAUUUGUUUUGUUUUUCCGUAAUCACUUUGCAAAAAUCUAAUGGACUUAUGUUUGUUUGUUUGCUUUUUGUAGCUUUUUCAUUCAAUUCAGAGAACAUGCUUGGAAUUAUUGAAAGUGAUUGAACAGUACCAAAAAAGGAUCUGCUGUAAGUUGCCAAUAAUCUGUUCCUCACGAAAUUGUUUUUAUUACUAUAGUAAAUGUGUUGAUAAGCCAUCAUACCCCUUAUUCUGUAUAUCCAGGCAUCUCCACGCUGGAUAAUGUUUAUUAGGACUAUGGCCUUGUGUGUGUGUGUGAUUAUAGUUUUAUUAUCAGAACAGGAGAUACAAACGUCUAAACUGUAAAGUAAACUGUGCAGUCAUAACUGUUUAAAAAUUAAUCUUUUUUAUUUUUUUAUGUCCGGUCACUAUGGCUGUGUAAACAGAAACAAAAGUAAUUUAUCUUCGAAAUGGCUGAUAAUUGAGCAAUGAAACUGCAGGGGCAUGAUCUAUACCAAAACUACUUCAUUAAGCUAAAGUUUUUUUUAGUGCCCAUAGUGUCCCUCUAAAUAAUCCCAUAUACAAAAGCUAGUAUAUGAUUAUUGCAUUUUGUUAUAUUGAAUCCCUGUUGACUGUUUUUAUCAUUGAGUGAUGUUAUGUUUUUUUUCCCCCUUAGUUCUAUCACAGGAAGAAAAUGAGCUUGGCAAAUUCCUCCGUUCGCAGGGAUCUCAAGAUAAAUCCAGGGCUGGUAAAAUUAUGCAGGCUACAGGGAAGGCUCUUUGUUUUUCAUCUCAACAAAGGUGUGUCAUGUAUAAUGUACUGUGCACGAUGCAUCAGCGCUGUCUGCCUGCUAGAAUUGCCACUUAUCGCCAAUCCGUUUCAUAAUUCAUUCUAAAAGCACAAUGCUCUGCAUAAUUUGCUAUUGAUGUCGUCAUUCGUUGAAAUGGGAGAGUACUUAUUGAUUCAGUGUGUUACCUUAGAAAGACCUCUGAUAUAAGACAAGGGUGUGCUGGGAAGAAUAGCUGCUAAGCAGUUUGUUCAUGAGCCAUAUAUUUGUGCCAAAGCACACUAAUGCAAGCACCAUCAUGGUUAAUUAUUAUCAUGCCACACUGUGUUGUUGUACAGUGAUGUCGAUAUAUAGCUCUUACAGGUCUUUGCUUAUUUGAAUAUAUGAUAUCUCUUCAUAGAGAAAACUAUUUCAUCUCUUGACUAUGCUAGGCCCUUCAUACAUUUUUGAGAUGACAGUUUCGCGUUUAAUCUGUUUGACAAUCAGCAGCCAUCAGAUUCUUGCUUGCAUUGGUGAAUGUGAACCCUGUAACAUUAUUGUCACAGACAGAACUACUUGCCAAGAAGAGUGUGUGUAUGAAUAGGUCCACAUCACCGAGCCUCUAGAUGAACUAAUUCAACACCUCUACCAGGUUAUUUAUUUACACAAAUAUAAUCCUCAAGAACUACCUACUGUACUCCAGAUUAUCACGGAAUUGUGAUCACCAAGAGUUAAUGCUGGGAAUUAUAGGUUGGCGCUCACUUUUAUACCAACCUAACCCCAGUAACCCAUUGUAUGCUUACACUACAAGUACACAAUUAUCACUAUGGCUAUACAAGAAGCCAAAACUAUCAUCAAUAUUGUGUAUUCUGCAGAGAAAAUACAGAUCUUAAUAUAUUAAAAAUGAUCAAAUUACUGACAGUUACAAGGAACCCAUAACCAAAAACAAGUCUCUAUAUAAUGGUAUGUCUCAUAUAUAUAUAUAUACAGUAUCUUACAAAAGUGAGUACAGCCCUCAUAUUUCUGUAAAUAUUUUAUUAUAUCUUUUCAUGUGAGAACUUUUGUUGUACUGCUUUUGUUGCCAACGUUUUAGACAUUAAUGUCUGUGUUGAGUUAAUUUGUGGGGACAGCAAAUUCACACUGUUAUACAGGCUGUACACAUACUACUUUACAUUGUAGCAGGGUGUUAUAUCUUCAGUGUUGUCACAUGAAAAGAUAUAAUAAGAUAUUUACAAAAAUGUGAGGGGUGUACUCGCUUUUGUGAGAUACUGUGUGUGUGUACAUGAAUUUUAUCAGUUUUUUACAUAUAUAUAUAUAUAUAUAUAUAAUCUGUGUGUGUGUGUGUGUGUGUGUGUGUAAAAAAACAGAUAAAAUUUGUAUCUUUAAGAAAUAGAACUGGGUUGGUGUGCAUGCAAGAAUACAGUUUAUCACAUACACAUGAACACAUACGCCACCUUCAAUGUAAAGAGAAAACACAAGGCUUUAACCUUUGAAUGAAUCAUAUUUUUCUUUACUGAUAUACAGUGCAUUUUAACUCUUGAUAGAACCAAACAAUGCAGUGUGCAUGACAAUGAUUUCUUAUUCUUAUUCCAUAACGAGACACUGCUAAUUUAGUGACUAGUGCUGAAUGGAACUGAAAAUACUAAGUAAAAUGAACAGUUAUACUGUUAUGAUGGCAAGGCUUGGUCAUUAAUGAGUUAAUAAUAAGGUAACCACACCACAGGUCUGAUUCAGAUGAUGACAGAGGGGGACAUGAAGAGGCUGCUUGUAGACCUGAGACUGGUCUUACAGCAGGAGGUGGAGGAAAGGGAGAAAUCUAAGGACAACCAACUCCAAGAAACCAGGCACCAAGUGGAAGGACUUUCCAAACAGGUCCGUCAACUGCACGUAACUGCACAACAGGUCCGUCAACAGUACCCUCACUUGAAUCCAGACACCAAUACCUACGCUUGGAGACGUACUACCUCCAUGGGCCUCAAGUGCAAUGCCGACACCCCACUUAUUGUAUCCACCUUCCGAGUGUGCAAAUCGGCGGCAGCACCUGUAGGUGCCCACAGAGAUCCCAUAGCUACCACCAGAAAUGUACGGCGAGAGCUGCCAUGAUGGCUAGUUCUAGAUCACUGGGAACUGUGAAGGGUGUACCUUGGCUAAAUAUAGUGACCUUCCAUUUUCUUUUUUAACUGAGAAAAAGCAACUGGCUUUUUAGCCAGUAGCCAGGAGAUUUAGAGAGCAUUCCCUUAGAUAAGGGGUCUCCAAAAUCCGGCCCUCCAGAUGUUGCUGAACUACAACUCCCAUGAUUCUUUCAUUGAAAUAGAUCACCAGAAAAUCAUGGGAGUUGUAGUUCAUCAGCAUGUCGAGGGCCGGAGUUUGGAGACCCCUGCCUUAGAUGCUGAUGGAGUGCAGAAGGCUCAAUUGUGGUACAGAAGAGUGCCAACAUGUCACCCUACCCUAUGCAGAAGAUCCGGAGGCAUUCCUUCAGAGAUUGGACUUACCAGCUAUGACUACGUUUCCGGGGACAACCCAAGUAGCCUUACGACAAGAUGGAAGAAGCCACGGGGGAGAUAACCGGAUAGCCCAAGAAGCUCUACAAACUAACUGGGAGGAGCAAUGCCUCGGCGGUCACAUGGAUCGCAGCUAACCCAUGACAGAUGUUGAUAUUUAAGUCGCUACCAAUAUACAAUGUUAUAAUUUUAUUUGUAUGUUUCUUCUUAAAUUUGAUUUUCUACUCUUACUGAAUACUAAUUUUCUACAGACAGAAAUGUAGGAUACAUAUAUAAUGUUCAAUCGAGGAUAUCCUAGUUUGGCAGUCAAAUUGAGUAUUUUUUACUUAUGGAUAUAAUGAAAUGCAAUUAGUGAGUUUUCAUUACUCUUUCACUUUGACUUACUUUUACUGGCAUCUUGUUUGCCGCUUUGUUUGCAUGACUGAUGUAAAUCUGUCCAUUUUUAUAACUCAAAUAAUGGUAAAGUUGUAUACCGUGUGUACAAACUCCAAUAAAAAAAACCAUGUACAAUGAUGAAGUAUCCUUGAAUUUUAUGGGUUCAUGAUGUAAAUUGCCAGUUGAUAUCUUCGGUAAAGUUAACAGUUCAAUUUUUCUUCCCACAAAACUGAAUAUAUUUUAUUUUGGAUGUUGGUCCUUCAGAAAAUGUGAAAUAAAUACUGACAAUGGGAUAGAACAAGACCUUGCUUAAACCAUAAAAUAAUAUAUCUGUGGAGGAAAAUGAGAAAAAAAAUGGCAAGAAACGAUUUUUAGCUAAUUUCUAGAAUAACAGAUUUGUUUUGGAAAUGGCAAAAUAUGUGCACAGCCCAGUUCAUCCUCUGACUUUCCUGAACUAGAUUUUGAGGAAAUAUUAGAUACUCAAGGACAGAUUACUUAUCACAGCAAGCAAAAAUUCAAUUGUAGAAAUACAAAGAUCCCUUUUUAUAAUUCUGUAUGUCACACUUCAGGAAUGACCAAAGACUUUCAGUGUUACCCAACCUUUCUAACCUUGCCAUCCAUAUAUUAAUAAAGUCACUAAAAUAAGACUCCUGAGAACAGCCAUCUUGCUUUUAAAACCUGAGACAGCCAUGGCAUUUCUAGUGCUAUAAACUUAAAUAAACACUAUAUACAACAUCACAUUUCAUAGUGUAUACUACUGUAGUCUAUUAAUUAUCAAUAUUAUCAGUUUGGACAUCUAAGACUGAGGAUCAUAUACAUUAAUUUUUCCGCUGGAACAUUAAAGGACCACUAUAGUGCUCUGAGGGUGCCCCCACCGUCAGGGACCCCCUCCCGCCCGGCUCUGGAAAGGGGAAAAAGGUUUAAACUUACCUUUUUCCAGCGCUGGGCGGGGAGCUCUCCUCCUCCGAUCCUCCUCUUCUCCUCCCCGUCGGCUGAAUGCGCACGUGCGGCAAGAGCUGCGCGCGCAUUCAGCCGGUCACAUAGGAAAGCAUUCAUAAUGCUUUCCUAUGGACGCUUGCGUGCUCUCACUGUGAAAAUCACAGUGAGAAGCACGCAAGCGCCUCUAGUGGCUGUCAAUGAGACAGCUACUAGAGGAAUAGGGGGAAGGCUUAACCCAUUCAUAAACAUAGCAGUUUCUCAGAAACUGCUAUGUUUAUGAAAAAAUGGGUUAACCCUAGCUGGACCUGGCACCCAGACCACUUCAUUGAGCUGAAGUGGUCUGGGUGCCUAGAGUGGUCCUUUGAGUUAUCAACUGCAAAUUCCAGACUUUCUCCAUUAUUUUUAAUAUCGUAAAUUAUUAUUUUGAUUUGGUCAGUAGUUAAUUUGUAAGAAGUUCUUUUGUAAAUCAAAUAUCCAUCCAAUUUAUCCUAAAAGAAAAUGCGUAUCUUUUUUUUAAAUUAAAAUUUGUAAUCUCAAGAACAAACUAUGUCAACAGCUGAAUGUUGCUGUAAACAUGUUACUAACAAUUCUAGCUGAAUGCACUGUAGAUCUAAAUUCAUGUGUCAUCGGGUUGCAUUUUUAUCAAGAGCGUCAAUGGUUUUAAAGGGACACUAUAGUCACCAGAACAACUACAGCUUGUUGAAUUUGUUCUGGUGAGUAGAAUCAUUACCUUCAGGCUUUUUGCUAUAAACACUGUCUUUUCAGAGAAAAUUCAGUGUUUCCAUUAUAGCCUAGUGAUAACUUCACUGGCCACUCCUCAGAUGGCUGUGAGAGAUCCUUCCUGGGUCAUGGCUGCCUAAAAUGCAUCCAAACAUUCAUUAUCUCCUCCGUCUGCAUGCAGACACUGAACUUUCCCCAUAGAGAUUCAUUGAUUCAGUUCGUUAUCUAUGAAGAAAUGCUGAUUGGUCAGGGCUGUGUUUGAAUCAUGCAGGCUCUGCCCCUGAUCUGCCUAUUUGUCAAUCUCAGCCAAUCCUAUGGGGAAGCACUGUGAUUAGAUCAGGCUACCACUUUUAAUGAUGUCAGCAGACUGCUUGUUUUUCUGAGUCAUGGCUUCAGGCUUGAAUACAGUAAGAUUUUGCUAUAUUUAUGGAGGCAUGAGGGCCCAGGGGGGCUAGAUGGUGGUGUUAACAUUAAAGGGUCAGGAAUACAUAGUGAUCCUUUAAGUAAAAGAAUAAAAAAGAUUUACACAUUUAAAAAAAAAAUAAAGUAACAAAAGAAAGCUCUUCUGCGGAAUUAUUGGUGUUUAACAUGUGUCCAUUUAAAACAUUCAUUUAUCAGAAGCCACAAAAGUAAAAAUCAAGUGUCUUUUGUAAUCUAGAUAGAUUUAGAACUGGAUGUAGCGGAUGGCACUGGGCUGUCCUGCAAAUGUCUUUGAAAUAACUGCAUUCGUGUGAUCUGCUAGUUUUCUAUGUGUUUUAAAAGAAUUGUAUUCCUCUGAUUGUUCGGUAGAAUCAUUCGAAUAAACUAAGGGAAUGAAACUACCGAACAAUCAGACCUCCCCUGUGUUAAGUGUGUCCUCAAUCACCCGUUGCAACAUUGUUGCGAACGGGUAAUUGACAAGUUAAGUAGCCGUCCUUUGUUCUCGGGGGUGGCCGCCAUUCGACAAACGAACACGUGGCGGCGGCUAUUUUAAAACUCCCGAACAGCUGUGUUUUGCCGUCGAGUGUCUGGAACUCAAAUCGGACACUCGACUAGGUGAACAUCGCUGAAACCUCCAUAAGCCCGGUCCGUUUGGUUCCAAACUACCGAACGGCCCCUCGUUUGGUAGAUAGAAAGAACCGAACGAGGGGAUUCAGGUGAACCCUCCCUAGGACCGACCGCAGGGCCCAUUCGCAUGGAACUGUAUUCGGUCAUUUUAUUCCCUCCAUAAAUUUCCCGAACCCCUGGUCUGAUCUGGGUGAUUUUUGGAUAUGUUGUUCACCCAGAUCAGGGCUAUCAGGGGAUGUAGGAUUUAAAGGGGUACCCCUACAUUUAGGGGUACAUCCAGAAACGGGGGGAAUUGCUAGACUGGAUAAGGGGAUUAUGAUGCUGGCUGAGGGGAGGAGAUGUGUAGGAGGUUACCAGGACAGGAUUGGCUACUGUACUAAUGAGUGUAAAUCCCUCCCUUGCAUGGGAGCAUGCUUUAAAAGGGCACUGUGGAUUAAACCUUUCAGUUCUGCUCCUGAAACUGUGUGUCGUCCAGUUAUUGGGAUUGCUGUGGGGAUAUUGUUAUUUUACCUGCUGGAAACCUUGCCUGUGGAUUUAUUAUUUACUUGUUCCUGAGCCUCACUUGGAUCAUAAGCGGAGAUAACCUGGGGAAUAUUGCAUCUCCGCUACAUUGGUUGGCAGCGCUGGGAUCCAGACUAACAAGGGAACGAGGACUAAUGGAAUACGGAUGGAUAGUGAUUAUGCCAAGCUAAAAAGAUCCACGCUAAAAGAUCUCCUGGAAGCGAAAGGUAUUGCAGCCAGCAACAAAAGGAAAGCAACCAUCAUUGCAGAAGUGAUGGCUGAAUACCAGCAGGAGGACAGGGUAAUCCCUGAGCAGCAGAGUGCAGUAGAUGGAGCUGAAAAAGAGGAGUUCCAGAGACAGCUGCAGUUUAGGCUGUCCUUUUAUGGAGAGAAUCCAACAGCGGAUAUUAUAUCCAGGACAAUGACAGAGGUGCAGGAGUUUAUACUGCGUCAAAGGCCACUACAGCAGCUGGAGAGGAAUACUACCAUCACACAGGGUAAGACAAAAAUUCCUUACCAAGCAUUUAAAACGUAUGUAGAAGCAGAGGAGGAUAUAGAUUCUUUUCUCCAAGACUUUGAAAGGCUGUGUGCAUUGCAUAGUAUUAACCCAGACGAGUGGGUGCCUAUUUUAGCAGGGAAGCUCAAAGGGAAGGCUGCUGAAGCCUAUAGAACUGUACCUGAUGGGGAAAUUCGAAAUUACCGCAGAGUAAAAGAGGUGAUCCUGGCCCGAUAUGCAAUUACGCCAGAGGCAUAUCGGCGGCGGUUUAGAGACCUAAAGAGAAAUGACAAGGACUCUUAUGUGGAAUGGGAUUGCAAGUUACAUCUGGCCGCCCUGGGGUGGGUACAGUCCAAUAAGGCUCGGUCCAUGGAGGACUUAUUACAAAUGGUGUUGUUGGAGCAAUUUUAUGAUGGGGUAACCAGCGAUGUCCAGGAAUGGGUGAGGGACAGAAACCCUACCUCCCUCACCGAAGCUGCCAGGAAGGCAGAUGAGUACCCGGAUGCACGCAGGCAGCAGAAACCUGCAGCCCCAAAAGUCACUUUUAAAACCUUUGGGGGAACCAGCUACACCCCAGCUCCACCGAGACCCCUGCCGCCACCACCACCACCGCCCGCUGCACAGCCACGUUUCCGCCAGCCCACGUCUGGCCCCUGCCACCACUGCCAGAAAUGGGGACAUUAUGAAAGGGAAUGCCCCCAGCUGAGGAACUGUUCCACCUGGAUCCAGCCCGGUCCACCACCACCACCGAGAGCAGCCGCAGCCCACCACUACCAGGAUAUCGUGGCCACACCAUAUGGCUCAGCGGUUCCCAUUACAACUGUGGAACAGUGGGAAGUACUGCACGAGGCGGAUCCAGUCCAGGCCAAUGCUGACAACCGCAGCAUCACAGGCAGACCGUAUAUCUGGAGGGUAAAGCGGUUCAGGGGCUACGGGACUCAGGGGCUACCAUCACCCUGGUAAAGAGUCACCUGGUCUCAGAGCAGGCUAAACUAAACAAGACUGUGGCCGUCAGGGUAGCCGAGGGAGCAGUAUACCGGCUACCUACAGCGAGGGUACACUUGCAUUGGGGAGCGGGGGCAGGACAUGUGGAGGUGGGGUUGAUGCCGCAGUUACCGGCGGAGGUUUUAUUGGGGAACGAUCUGGGGAGGCUCACAUCUGCUUUUGAGCCCCAGACACCCACCACAGGAGAAGCUCACCCUGUGGUUACUCGACAACAGGCCCGCACCCAGGACUACAACACACUUCCGGAGGUUCAGGUAAGAGACCCUUCCCCUUCCCUUGACUGUGUUCCCUGGGUCCCUCCUAACGAAUUUGCAGCUGAGAUAGUGACUGACUCCACCUUGCAGGUCUAUAGGGACAAGGUGACAGCAGACCCUCCUGAGGGAGAGAGAUUUGUCUGGGACAAGCAGCUUUUGUACAGGGAGACAGACAAGCAGAUUGCUGGGUCAGACCCAAUAGUGAUGAGGCAGCUAGUGGUGCCGCAGCGGUACCGAGCAGAGCUACUCCGGAUAGCGCACGAUAUCCCGCUAUCCGGACAUCUAGGGGUCAGUCGCACUAGGUACCGACUGACCCAAAGUUUCUUCUGGCCAGGGAUCAGCCAGGAGGUACGCAGGUAUUGCACCACCUGCGAUACCUGCCAAAGGGUAGGGAAAAGGGGAGACCGGAGGAAGGCGAAACUACACCCCCUUCCCAUAAUUGAGGAACCUUUUAGCCGAAUAGCGGUAGACUUGAUAGGCCCCCUCAAGAAAGCUAGCCCGUCAGGCAAAAGGUACAUUUUAACGGUAGUAGACUAUGCUACUAGAUACCCAGAGGCAGUGGCUCUGACCAACAUUCACGCUGAAACGGUCGCGGAUGCCCUCAUGCAGAUAUUCUCCCGGUUGGGAUUACCCAGGGAGAUUAUCUCGGAUCAGGGUACCCAAUUUACCGCAGAAUUCACCCAACACCUCUGGAGGAUCUGUGGCAUUAAGCCUAUUAUCAGUGCCCCUUACCACCCCCAGACUAAUGGGCUCUGCGAACGGUUCAAUGGUACAUUGAAAUAAAUGCUCCGAACCUUCGCAGAGACCCACAAGGACUGGGAGCGGUUCCUGCCGCAUCUCCUAUUCGCUUACCGGGAGGUGCCACAGGAAUCCACGGGGUUUUCCCCGUUUGAACUGCUAUUUGGGAGGAGAGUCAGAGGCCCAUUAGACCUUAUAAGGGAGCAUUGGGAGGGAGAUCGGAGCGCAGAUGGCACUCCCAUCAUACCAUAUGUGUUGGCCCUCCGAGACCGCCUGGAAGCAUUAACUAGGACGGUAAGGGAAAACCUUCAGGCGGCACAGACCCGCCAGCGCACAUGGUAUGAUCGGGGAGCCAGGGACCGUAGCUUUCAGGUCGGGCAGAAAGUGCUAAUUUUAAAGCCUGUCCGACAUGACAAGCUACAGGCCGCCUGGCAGGGACCUUAUAGGGUGGUGGAACAGAGAUGUGACACCACCUAUAUAAUUGGCCCCUGCACAGGAACGGGAGGACGACGCAUGCUCCAUGUGAACAUGAUGAAGCCCUACCAAGAGCGCUCCGAGGAGGUAACCGCCAUAUGUGCGCCCAAUUCUGACGAGUUUGGCAGCUUACCACUCCCAGAUCUGCUGGAGAUGGGCAGCUGUCUGGGGAUUUAGGGGAAGUUGCACUGGGAGACCGGCUGAGCCCGCAGGAGCGUAUCGAGGUACAGCGGCUGUUGGAAGAGAAACGAGACACGUUCUCUAAUGUACCUGGGUACACCCCUCUGGCCACUCACCGGGUGGAGACCCCAGGGCAACUACCCAUGCGCCAGACCCCCUACCGCAUCCCGGAAGCGGUAAGGGAAAACAUGCGCAAGGAGAUCGAUGAGAUGCUCCAACUGGGGGUGAUUGAGCCCUCAGAUAGUCCCUGGGCUUCUCCGGUAGUGCUCGUACCGAAGCGGGACGGUACGACCGCUUCUGCGUGGACUACCGGAGAUUAAACGAGAAAACCGUGUCCGAUGCAUAUCCUAUGCCACGGAUAGAUGAGCUACUGGACAGAAUGGCCAGGGGUCAAUAUCUCACUACCAUUGACUUAUGUAAGGGGUAUUGGCAAAUCCCCCUGGCCCCAGAGGCCAUCCCGAAGUCGGCCUUUGUCACCCCAUUUGGGUUGUACCAGUUUAAGGUCAUGCCAUUUGGGAUGAAAAACGCCCCAGCUACUUUCCAGAGGAUGGUAGACCGACUCCUGGAUGGGUUCCAAGACUACACCUGUGCCUACCUGGACGAUAUUGCCAUUUUUAGCAAUACGUGGCAGGAGCACUUGGCCCAUAUAGGAGCGGUUCUAGACAGGAUUAAGGAAGCUGGUUUGACAUUGAAACCGGCCAAGUGCAGCAUAGGGAUGGCCGAGGUGCAGUACCUCGGACAUAGAGUGGGGUGCGGCAAACAGAAGCCCGAACCAGCCAAAGUAGAAGCCGUGGCCCAGUGGCCCACCCCUAGGACUAAAACCCAGGUGUUAGCCUUUCUAGGGACCGCUGGGUAUUACAGAAAGUUUGUCCCUAACUAUAGCGCCCUCGCCAAGCCCCUCACUGACCUUACCCGGAAGAAUUUGCCCCGCCAGGUGACCUGGACCCCGGAGUGUGAGCAGGCAUUCCAACAUCUGAAAAAUGCACUGAUAAAUGCUCCUGUCUUGGCAGCUCCCAAUCCAACUAAACGUUUUCUUGUUCACACAGACGCUUCUAUGUUUGGAUUGGGAGCAGUACUGAGCCAAGUCGGGGCCGAUGGCGGAGAACACCCCGUGGCUUACAUCAGUCGCAAGCUGUUACCCCGAGAAGUAAGCUACGCCGCCAUCGAGAAGGAAUGCCUGGCUGUGGUGUGGGCCUUAAAGAAACUGCAGCCGUAUCUAUAUGGACAGCCCUUUUCCUUACUCACGGAUCACAACCCGCUGGUAUGGCUAAACCGGGUGGCUGGGGACAAUGCCAGGCUGCUGCGCUGGAGUUUGGCGCUGCAGCCUUUUGACUUUAAUAUUCAGUACCGCCCGGGUAAACAGAAUGGGAAUGCCGACGGGUUGUCGAGACAAACUGACCUAGAAAAAUGAUCCGUGAGUCCCCGGACAUCCCCAAGCCGAUCCGUGUUGGAUCAGACUGUGUAUGCCGGCUUGUGGGCAAGGGGGAGCAGUGUAGCGGAUGGCACUGGGCUGUCCUGCAAAUGUCUUUGAAAUAACUGCAUUCGUGUGAUCUGCUAGUUUUCUAUGUGUUUUAAAAGAAUUGUAUUCCUCUGAUUGUUCGGUAGAAUCAUUCGAAUAAACUAAGGGAAUGAAACUACCGAACAAUCAGACCUCCCCUGUGUUAAGUGUGUCCUCAAUCACCCGUUGCAACAUUGUUGCGAACGGGUAAUUGACAAGUUAAGUAGCCGUCCUUUGUUCUCGGGGGUGGCCGCCAUUCGACAAACGAACACGUGGCGGCGGCCAUUUUAAAACUCCCGAACAGCGGUGUUUUGCCGUCGAGUGUCUGGAACUCAAAUCGGACACUCGACUAGGUGAACACCGCUGAAACCUCCACAAGCCCGGUCCGUUCGGUUCCAAACUACCGAACGUCCCCUGGUUCGGUAGAUAGAAAGAACCGAACGAGGGGAUUCAGGCGAACCCUCCCUAGCCUCUAUAGCUAGAGGCUUUCGUGCAGUUUGUUCCCUUAUUCCAGGACCGACUGCAGGGCCCAUUCGCAUGGAACUGUAUUCGGCUAUUUCAGUCAGUGCGGUCGGUCAUUUUAUUCCCUCCAUAAAUUUCCCGAACCCCUGGUCUGAUCUGGGUGAUUUUUGGAUAUGUUGUUCACCCAGAUCAGGGCUAUCAGGGGAUGUAGGAUUUAAAGGGGUACCCCUAUGUUUAGGGGUACAUCCAGAAACGGGGGGAAUUGCUAGACUGGAUAAGGGGAUUAUGAUGCUGGCUGAGGGGAGGAGAUGUGUGGGAGGUUACCAGGACAGGAUUGGCUACUGUACUAAUGAGUGUAAAUCCCUCCCUUGCAUGGGAGCAUGCUUUAAAAGGACACUGUGGAUUAAAGCUUUCAGUUCUGCUCCUGAAACUGUGUGUCGUCCAGUUAUUGGGAUUGCUGUGGGGAUAUUGUUGUUAUUUUACCUGCUGGAAACCUUGCCUGUGGAUUUAUUAUUUACUUGUUCCUGAGCCUCACUUGGAUCAUAAGCGGAGAUAACCUGGGGAAUAUUGCAUCUCCGCUACACUGGACAACCCCAGAACUGCAGUUAUUUUCUAUUGAUAUAGGUGCCAAAAUCUUCACCUGCAGUGACCAUUAUUGCUUUGUGUUUUGAGUAUAUGUUUCCCGUUGCCAUGUAAUAUCAAUUGUUUUUUUAAACUGUUUCAGAUUGGCUUUAAGAAGUCCUUUAUCUAGACUACAUCAAGAGGUGGAGACCUUUCGAUAUAGGGCUAUAUCUGACACUCUAUUGACUGUGAAUCGAAUGGAGCAGGCAAGAACUGAAUAUCGAGGUGUUUUACUCUGGAUGAAAGAUGUCUCUCAGGAAUUGGACCCUGAUCUUUUUAAGCAAAUGGAAAAAUUUAGAAAGGUAAGAAUUAUUUUUUAAUUAAUUUUAAUUUUUUUAUACGUGUUGGGUUUUUUUAAAAUAAUGAUGUCCUCACAAUGGUUCUUUUCCCAUAAUUUCCAAAGGACCAUAAUGGUAUCUCAAGUUUUUCAUUUCUCUUGGAUAGAGAAUUGCCCACAAUUUUGUUUGUAUGUUUUUUUUGUUUUUUACAUUCUUUAUUUUGAUGUGCACAUUUUGAUAUUGUAGCAUAUAAUGUUGUGUGACCUUUUGAGAGUUCGGGACACUUUUAUAGUGUAAUAAAGUGGUCAGGCUAGGCAAACAUGUCUAUGCUCAGGAGUUAAACUAAAUCUUUAAGCAAGUUUUGUAAUUUAUAUAUGGUGGACUAGUCAUGUAAAUUGAGAUGUUUACCUGUAUAUAGGAGAGAUUAACCCUUUUACCUAUACUUCUAUGUUGUGUCAAUAAACUACCCUUUGUUCUAUUUUGCUUUAAAAUUGAGUGCGGUAUCAUUUUGGUAUCUUCUAUAAUUAUAUGGUGGGUCUUUAGAGGUGACCCAGAUACCUGCACCAAAGGUGUGAUUGAGUGCAAGUACCACUGGAUGUUUUGAUUAAGUCUUUAAGCAAGCUAACUAUACAAGACAUGUAGACUGUUAUAACCUGCAAGGCUACCUUACAAAGAUUAUUCCGCCGGAUCUAAGCAAACCUCAGUGUUGCUGCGUCAGUUUGUAGAAUUAAUAAAGAAAGUAAUGAUUCGUAUAACUGUGAGUGUAGGUAAGAUGGCGUCUGCCAUUGUCAAAAGUAAAUAAGACUCAAGUUGUGGCCUACUAUGAUACUAUAAAAUAUGCGUAUAGUUGGUAGCAUAAAUAGGAACAUCAUGGCUUAAUAAACGUUAUGACUAAAUAUACUGAAAUCAAUUAUGAACAUCAGAUUAAGGCGUUCAACUAAAAUGUUAUCUGACAAUGAUAAUAAAGUAAGAUAAUAAAGCAAUCGCUCCUGCAUUGGAAUCUAUAGUAAAAUAAUAAACAAACAGGAUAUCGCGAUAUCACUAUAUUGUCAUCAUUGUGAACAUGCUUAGCACUACACCUGUAAAGUUCGCUUACAUUUUACAUUCAACUAGUUCCUUGUUGCUGCAGACUUAAAAGUGCAAACUUUACAGGAUUGGAUUUUAAUUUUAUAUUUAACGUUUAAAAAAAUGACACUUGCUUAUUGGAGAAUAGCUCGCAUCAUUGGGAUCUAGGCAGAUAUCUAGCUACGGUUUAGCAGUAACAACUGUCGAGAUAUCAGGUGCUUGGUGUCAGGUAGUCAAGCCGUCCCUGUAUAGGUGUUCUCCCAACUCCCUGGCUGGGCAUUGCUUGCAGGUAGCAGCUAAGUCCAACAGAGGGGGCCGUUUUGCAGUAUCCGGGUGAGGCAUCCCCCUGCCCCCGGACCAUUUCGGAGCCAGCAUCACACAUCUACAGAUCUGAGGAUUCUCCACGCUCCAAUGGGCGGCUGCAUAGAGCUCUAUUUUGGCUCUCUUGAUGGUGUCAGACUGACCUCUGCUUGCUUAGGUGAUGUGUCAGUGUUUGGAAGGUUUUUGUCGGUGGGUUUAACAUAUCUUUAUUUGCUUUGUUUACAAAAUGGUGGUGAUUGUACCUUGCAAGAAGCUAUUAAGUUGUCCUUAAGUUAUGUCCUUACUCUGAGCCAUGUUCAGUAAAAGCUGUGAUUAUGUGUUAAGCAUCUAACUGCUUUAUUUGACUGAUCUGCUGGUUUGAUGCUCAGCUUUACUUUUCCUUAAAGUUUUUAUACAUUAAGCCGUGGACCAAGGCUUUAUUAAUAACUUGCUCUGCCAUCCUGAUACUAAACUUCUACAACAUGAUCGUAGAUAUCCCUAGCAAUAUUGUAUACUCUCUUAAUAUUCUUCUGUGUAGCUGGCCCCAUUCCAGUAAAGCUUGGUAGGUUGCUGUAUCUUCUGGGGAUAUGUUUGUAAUCUGAGUGUAGGUCAUAGGUCUAAAUCCUUUCAGUCUGCAGAAGUUGAUGAAAUUAGUACAAAAUAUGUUGCUUAAGAGCAGAGGUGUCAAACUGUGCUCUUUAGAUUUUAUUGGGCUACAGCUUUGUAAUUCUCUUGCAGCUACAGGCUAGUAGAAUCACGGGAGUUUUAAUCCAACAUCAAGGGAAGUACGGUUUAAAAAUUCUUCUAUAAAGUGUUUCGUGACUUCUCGAACAGGAAGCAAAUGUGUUCUGCAUUCUCAUAUUCUAACACUAGAUGGAGACCAAGUACAGGACAUUAUGUCUUCAAAAUAAAUUUUUGACAAAUUGUGCUGCUGCAAAUACGAUAAUGUUUAAUUUUGUUUUAGCAUUCCUGGCAAAUUGUUAAUGCCUUUUUAGUUUUGGUUAUCCUUAUAGUUUAAAAAAAAACCAAAAAAAAAAAACAGGAAAUCGGGAUAUCACUGUAUUGUCAUCAUUGCAAACAUGCUUAGCACUAUAGCUGUAUAGUUGGCUUACAUUUUACAUUCAGUUGGUUCCUUGUUGCUGCAGAAUUUGCAUCUCAUUAAUCAAGAGUGACUUAAAAGUGCAAACUUUGCAGGAUUGGAUUUUAUUUUUAUAAUUAAAAAUUUUUUAAAAUGUACUUUUGUAAGUUUUUAUGCACUAUCUGCAUAAUGCAUUAUAGAGUUAUUCUAGGCUCCACAACCACUUCACUUAUUUGAAGUUGUCAUGGUUCCUGAAGAUCGUGUUUGCAGUGUUUUACUAUGAAAUUCAGCACAUACAGAAUUGAACCUCUCCGUUGCCGAAGAUUAAUCUCCACCUCUGGCUGGGUCAUUGGGACGUCAUUAGCCUGCCUGGAAUAAGAGUUCCAGCUGGCUAAUGUGACGCUUGCAUACUGUACUGGUGCCAGGCCCAUCCUUACACACACACAGACCUUGCAGUUCAUGUCUUCCCUUCAACCCUUCUACUUUGACAUCUUCUACAACAUCCCUACUGCUGCGGUCAGGGGUUGUGGCAUUAGCCGAGGAGAAUUGUGCUGCAAGAGAACUUGGAUACGUUUUUAGCUAUUUUCGUUAUUUUUUUUUUAUUUUUAUUUCUUUUAAUUUGCGGAAGGGGGAACCAGUAUAGGAAAGGUUGCUCUGACCAAAGACAAUGUUUUCUUAAAAUACUAUUUUUUGGUUGGAGUAGCUCUUUAAAAGUAAGGGUCAUAUCCAAUGUGUGUCCUUUUUAACUGCCAAAUUCGCUUUGAAAUUAGUUUAAUAAUUUCCUGCAGAGGAACAUUCUUUUGUCAUACAUGCAAUAUGUAUUAAACAAUGUUAUGUAAUAUAUAUUGCAUUGGAGAUGUAUCUGGUAUGAAUAAAAAUAACAUUAACAGUAAAAUGUAUUUGAGUGAUGCAAGGCCGUAGGGGAAAAGGAAAUGUAACUUAUGUAAUCCUACAGUUGACAGCUAAUUAAACCCAAAGGAAAAGUCUACGUUUAAAAAAUUCAUAUUUUUUUAAUUCAAUUUAAACAAGGCGAUUGAAAAAUAAACAUGUUAAAGGCUAGGCCCGUAGUUGUGGGAGGGGCUUGAGUCCCCUUUUAAGGGUCGCCAAUCCUCUUUCCCUUACCGUUACAAGUCUGGCGAAUUGCCCCUCUUUUUGCAUCAGCCUCUAAGAUGGGCCUUCUUUAUUACAGGCCUUCUGCAUUGCUUACUCAAAGUGUGUGCCUAAAGUGUGUUUAAACAUCGUUUUGCUAUAAAAUGCUGCACCUACAGUGUUUAUCCCCUCUACUGCCAGUGGAUUAACUCCACAAGGUCCGGGCUGGCUAAUGUGAAUUUGAUGCAAAUUUUGAUUCUUAUGCCAGCACGGCAGCAUGCUUGUGCCAGACAUUCAUUGGCGGCUCAUAUCCAUCGCACUCGCUCCCCCCCCCCACACCGUGGUACCCAUCUUAAACAAAUCUAGACUGGUUUGUGUUUUUAUAAGAAUCCAAUAAAAGUAUUUUACACACUUACUUUUAUUUGUUGCUGUUUUAUCCUGGCUGAUUUUUUUAUCAUUAUCAAAGAUCCAGUACUAUAAAAGAAAUCCCUGGUGGGGAUUAUUCCACCUACGCCUGGUUCAUAGAGCAGUGUGGCUGCUCUGAACACUGUAACUACGUUUCAUUUUACCUUUCACUGCUAUUUUUUAUAUGGUAAACACUAUGGGCCCUCUCUUGUGAUUCUUAUUUCAUAAGACCGGCACUGCAAGCAUCGCUAGAGGGAUAUCCUCCAUGUGGGGAGUUUAAAUACCACUGUAUGCGGUUUUACUCAGAGUUGGUUAUAGCUCUCCCAAUUGUAUGUUGGCACUCUUAGGACCUCAGUGUUGUCUGUUGUUGCAGUUAACCUACGUUAUUGCACCAUUGGGUUUUUCCCCCUUUUAUGUAUUUUAUAUGCUGACACUCAUCUGGAAUGCUGUAAGAAGUCUUGAGGAUACACCUCCAAGUGUCCAGUUAUAUCCUACAUGUGGGGAGUAUUAAAUACCACUGUAUGCUGUUUUACCUAGAGAUGAGCAGAGCUCUUUAUAUUGUGAGUUGGCACGUCUCUACUUCUAUGUUGUUCGUGAUCCAGCUUUCCUAAAACGGUUUUGCACUAUUGGUCUCUGUUUCUGCUUUUGUAUUUCAUAUUUACCACUGAGGAUUCAAAGCAAGGAUUGAAGAAUAUACACUCCAGGUCUUCGCUGUACUUUAAGAGACUCUUUAUAUUAUUGCUGAUUUUUGUUUAUUAUCUCUCAUUGUCCAACUUAGGGCACGCUGUAUUUGUUGUAUCUUGUUCUCUAGACUGGUUUGUGGUUGAAUUAACCCUUUAAAUACUUUUCAUCAAAGCAAGUAGGUACAGUUAGCACAUGUGAAAUCUAUAGACAAUAUGAAAACAGAUAUUGGUUAAAAAAAAUUAUACAUAUAUAUUUUAUUUUUAUUUUUAUCCUAAUAUCCUUCUUUUCUAGUAGCUCCAUACUGUUGUGUCUGAGUGUAUAACAGUGCUUUACAGCAGAAUUACUCACAGUAAUGUCUUUAAAGUACAAUAAAUGUGUUUAGAAAUAAGUCUGUGUAAGAUACAUUAUUCUUGUUUUAAAUUACAUUUUAAUUGCAUAAAUUGUUGUUAGACAUCUAAAACCUCUAAGAAAAAUAUCUAAGAGGCCCCGCCCUCAAUCUGCAUCUUUGGUUAACAAGGGAAAAUAUUGGAUAGACUGAGACCGUCAAGGAGGCGGGGUGGGACCAAACGCCAGCCUGACCAAUCAGCAUCUCCUUGUAGUGAUGCUUUGAAUUAAUGAAUUUCUACAGGGAAAGUUCAGUGUCAAACUGUAGAGCGUGGAAACGCUGAACAUCAGUGCAGCACUGCCCCAGGAAGCACCUCCAGUGGCCAUCAGAGGAGUGGCGACUAGAGGUGUCCCUUGGGGGCAAUGUAAACACUGCCUUUUCUCUGAGGCUGUGUGUACAUUAAAAUACCUGCAGGGACUGACUAUAUUUUUUCCUUUGCACACUGUCUGUUAUCUUCAAUUAUUCCAAAUUCCCUGCGCUUCCCAUUUACAGUAUAAAUUGCAAAUUAAUUUUUGUUUCCAAAAUACAAGUUAUCAUUUGUGUAUGUGUAAUAACGUGCCCCCUGACUGCCCUUUCUUCUAAUUUGUUCAGAGGCUCACUUAGGGGAAGUUCUUUCCAGUUCAGAUUGAUGGCAAUAAUAUUUAAUGGCUUUGCCUUUGCUUCACAUGUAUUUGCCAAGGUAUAGGAAUAAAAAACUUUAUUGGGCAUCUGUCAUAUCUUAUCUUUUUUUUUUUUUACUUAAAUUUUUUUUGAUGUCCUGUCGUUUAGGGAAGCCCCAUUUUGUUUUCUUUUUUCAGCAUGAUAAUCAUUUAAACAGUUAUACAUAAGGAAAACAAUAGACUACUUUUUCUUAUUUAUAACCUGAACGUUGCCAAGCUUUAGUCAAGCUCCACAUCCUUUGUCAACUUUGUCAUUGGACGGCUUCUUAGUACUCACCUUCCUCCAGAGACAUGUCACCAGUUUUCUACGUUGACGCAUCACAAGAUACUGCAAGUCAAUACAGUGCUGUAAACCGUUGGAGAUCCUCACAAGUCAUGCACGUUAUUUGACGGGCACACCAUUGGAAGUGCAGAGAAGGAGAUUUCUGGAGACCAGUAUCUUGCUAAGAUGGUGGCACUGUGAAUGAAUACCCUGUCGGACCGGCACAGAAUGAAUAGAUAUAUGUUGCACCAGACCUGCUGGCCACAAAUUCUUACUACGGUUUUGGGAUAUGCCGUUUUAAAGUUGGGGAGCAGAUAGUCAAUAUAGUGACAGAGCCGCUUUAAGAGAUAUACAAAACCACAACUCUAGUGUGUUUCAAGGAAGAACGUAGCAAUAUAUCUAAUUAUUCUAUGUUGUAUGAGAAUGGUGUUCAUUUAAAUAAUCUGGAAGAAACUAUAAUAGAUAAUUAAGAUUUUAUACAAUUAUUCAAAAGUAAAUGUGUUGACAAAAAUAUUCCUAAAUACGGGGCAGUGAGAGAUGUGCGAUAAUCCUCAACGCCAUUGUAGGAUAAAAACAAAUAGCGAUUUCUCAUGGAACUACGAGAAGGUACUGUUUAAAAAUAGAAACAAGUCUGUUGGAAGGCAUUACGUCAGAGCUCAGAUUGAUGCGUACCCUUGAGAUCCCUCUUCAUCUGUUCAAUUAUGUAGGAGAAGAAAUUAGAGGUCACAUAUGAGCAGUUUGUAUUACUCAUAGCUAAACCAGAAUUUAAUUUCUCGUUCAGAAGAGAAAUCUCAGAUCAUGUGAAAAUGCCAGAUGGAUUCCUAUAUUUAAAAUCUUUUCUUAGAGCCUUCAUGUUGUGUGCCCAGUGUUAUAAUUUCGGAAAGUGUGACAGUUUUCCAGUCGCAGUAAUACAAAUCAACUCAAAGUAUUCCUGUGUAAUGAAUGAUCAGGCACUGAUAACUGUUCUUAAAUUAUUUUAGUAUUCUAAAAGGAUAACAUUGGUAACAUUACUUUGCUCUGCAGUUGGUACCGCAAAAAAUCACCAAAGGUUCUAAUAAAGAUGCUGCAAAAAUAAUACUAGUGAGAAGAUGUAUAUAUGAGUCAGCUUAUCUCUCUACUAAUAAUUUGAAGCACUCUAGAAUUCAAGAAUUCUAUAUUGUGAUGGAAAAUUAAAACCAACAGAUUUAUUCCCUAAAGAAUGAAUUGCCCGAUUCCAAGGAGAAGCUUCACAUGUCGGUUACCCAUUUUGUAAUGAGCAUUGCAUGCCUAAAUCUAAACAAAAAAACAGGAAUGCUCGAUGGUUCCUUUGCAGGUUUUGCUUUUGAAUUAAUUAAUAAUUUUAAGAUCCAGCACAAGGAAGAAAACAUUAUAAAUGUAAAUAAAGGCAAGUGGCAAAUCAUAGAAGAGGCAUAAGGAAAGGGAAAAAACAUAACACAGCCGCUUUAAUUUUCAGACAUUGGUUGGUCCUUGCGAAGCUGGCAGCCCCAGAUCAGUUUGACACAUUUCCCCAUAGCUUUCUGGAAGAUCCUGCUUUGCUAUACCUUAAUUAGAGUUCACUACUUAUUUUUCAAGUACUUUUUGGUGAGAAAAUGCAAUCAAUUUCAAUCAAACUGUUUUGAGUAAUCAAGAACAGCCAUAAUCUUAAAUCUGAAGUCCCAGCAUUUUGUUUGUUGCUUCUAUUUUAUUAACACAAUGAAAAGUUUAGUGUGGAUACUGAAUACUGCUUCUAUUAAGGAUCCUGCAGCCUCCUCCUAGUCCUUCCCUGGCUCUCCCCAGCUUCCUCCUCACUGCUCACACUCGUGGCUGGGAAUCAGAGACUUCUCAAUAACAAGCCUUUGAUUGUCCGUUUCUACAGCACAUACUGAAACUCUGUCCUAGGGUAAAGGGUAGGGCUUGCAAAGGCUGCACACAUAAGAACUGCAGCUUUUGCACGCUGUUUUUUUAGAUAUACCCCCAAUGCCAACAUGCUUUAAUUUAAUGCAUGCAUAUUUUCAUUGGUAGAAUUGCUUCUUUAUAGUAAUUUUAUUUAAACAAAAAUAGUGUGGACUGUUCCUUUAAGGGACACUACAGUGAAAAAGUACAUUCAUUAAAAAAAAUUAAACUUUUAUGUAAUGUGUUCACUCCACAUGAAGCAUUACAAUAAUAUAACUAAUAAUAAAGAAAAAUGUACAUUGUAAUCCACUAAUGGAGCACUAAAAAGAUCCUAUCACUCUGCAAACACACUCAAACAUGACAGGUCCACAUGCCACGCAGUUAGAGUAUCUAAGAGAGCUGCUUCAUUUGAGUUUUGUGCUCCCAGUUGCCCGGAUAGCCUUAGUUUUAAAAGCCUUGGUGUUAAAAAUGCAUCAGGUGUGAAGGAAAGCGUAUUCUUCCAUUACAGAAGGAAAACACCCUGACCAACGCAGAUGAAAAGAAGCCAAGAUUUCAGUCACAAGUGCUGUCACUAAAAUGCACAGCGAGUGUCAGAGCUGAUUAAUCUCCGGUGAUCAUGUCCAAGAAUCAUAAAUAUGGAGUUUCCUUGACAAUCGAGGGCGAGCAUCCUGCUUUAACCUGCUUUCAACAUUAUUAAUGGGCAGUUAAAUGUAAAUUUCCAGCAGGUUUUCCCAUUCCAUUAGCAGGAAGAUGCCAAGUAAUUGUUAAGGGUUUUUUCUCUUACUUUUUUUAGAUUAACUAUUUAGAGGCAACUAACAGGAGUGCAGGGGAUAAACAUUUGACGCGUUUCUUAACAGGCUUCAGUGUCUGUGACAAUUCCAGUCACUCUCCGUAGAGUGGAUAAAAAUUGUUGAUUUAAAAAAUAUAUACAUUUUUAUAUUUAAAUCUGAUUUGAAUAACAUUUAUUUUAAUACAAUGCUUUUGUAGGCCAAAUCUAUCUGAAGAUUUUUCAAUUUCAAAUUCAUUGCAUACCAAAGAUUAUUCAGUAGCAUGAGGCUGUAUAUUAUCUAUGCAUUUCUAAUGGUAAAUGACAAAAUCAGUUAUGAUAGAAAUGUUAAACUAGUCUGAAACAUUUUUAUUCUUUGUUGUAAAUACUAAAGAAAAUAACAACCAGCAAGAAUGAACCUUUACAUUGAGACAUCAUGGUUUAAAUCAAAUUCACCCUGGUACUUUGGAAGAAUUUCACAGUGGUUACUGGGAGGGAGGGGUAAUGGUUUUCAUCAUUCAUCUGAAAUGGCAUUCUCUGCUUAGUAUGCCCAAAUUUGUUUUGUUUCACUUACACCUUAUUUACAUACUAUUUGCUAAAAUCUAUAAUUCUAUAGUGUAUUCUUAGUGUUCUAAGUUCUGAUUUAAUGCAGCUAAUAUGCCCCCACCAGAAAGGGGAACUUUCCAGGCCAUUGACAACCAAUUAACCCAUGGAUGUUGAUGUAUUUUUAAUGUAUGAUUCCUCUCACUGGUUCGAACUUCUAUCUGUGCUCAUCAUGGUAUAAUGACUUUCAUUUAAAAUAUUGGAGCACGCAAUUAAUGCAGCUACAUGUUUUGUUGAGAAAUGUACACCCCAUGCUAACCUAUUAGCUCAGGGGAACCAUCGAUUGGAAUAAAGAGCCAGUACAGUUUAUAUAUAUGACUAUUUCCAUUUAGCAAAAAGAAGCAGUGUAGCUAGCGGCUUGGUUUUAUGCAGAGCCAAUUUUAUAGUUACCAAAACAACUUUAGCUUAAUGAAGCAGUUUGGGUAAAUAUAUCAGGCCUCUGAAGUCUCCCUGCUCAAUUAUCUGCCAUUUAGGCGUUAAAUCACUUUUGUUUCUGUCCAUGCAGUCCUAGCCAAACCUCCCCUGGAUGCGACUGACACAGCCUUCAUGAAAAAAAUGGUUUCACUUUCAAUCAGAUUUAAUGUACUGCAUAAACAAAUGGAUUUAAUUCCUAAAUGGCAGAGAAUUUAGCAAUGCGACUGCAGGGUCUAUACGCCAAAACUGCUUCAUUACUUUGGUAUACUUUUGUUUAAAUGACUAUAGUGCCAUUUUUGCUCUAAAAAAUGGAGAUGUUCUGUUCAAGUCUAGCCACUUCUUUUCGAUAUAUCUUUCGAACCACAGCAUCAAAAAAUGGAUAAUCAAAAUUACCCGCAUACAAGUUUGUGAUGUGUUUUUAAAAAAAAAAGAAAUAAUAAUAUGAUGUGCACGUUAUAGAUAUGGGCAUAUUUACACGUCCGAAGAAUGAAGUAAAGCUUGGAUGCAAAGAUAAAGCUCUCUGACUGUGCUGUCUGUUUUUUCUGGAAACUCCCAAACAUAGGAACAGUGUCUUGCCUCUAGAAUCUGUAACUCUGCCCUGAACUUUUGUUUCACACACAGAUAAUCUAAUCUUUCCCUCCUACGUAUAAUACUUUUUUUCUGAAGCAUUUGGAUAUUCCAGGCAAACUGGGGUAUUAUAGUUGUAUAUUGAAAGGUUUUAUUCCAACCUUCAGAUUCCUCCUGUAAUAUAGCGCAUGCCUCAGAAAACAUGUUUAAGCAAAACCUGACCAAAUAAUAAAGUGUGGCGGUCUUUUAUUUCAAUCAUAUUCUACAGUCUUGAACAAAAUUGGGUCACUCAUCGGUGUCAAAAUGCUCAUCUACUAUAGAUCAUCUUUUUAGAAAAAUCAACUCUUGAGGCUAUUCAUUAUUUGUGCAAAUAUAAGGCUUCUACAACUCUGUCUUGGAGUCAGAUCAGUGCCCCCUUCUUUAUAAAAUACAUUUUCCAAAACACCUUACCAGACUCUCCCUGGUAUCUGUUGGGUCUCUAGUGUUUUAUCUUGAAACACUGAACAUGCAGAGUUUUAACCCCUUAGCUGCAGAAGGUUUAACGUGAUUAGUAAGCCAAGAACAAGAAUUCAAGGCUGGCUAAUGCUAAUUCUGUGCAUUUUGUUAUUCUCAAAUAAGUUUUUAUUUUUUAGCAAUUUGCCAGUUAUUGGCUGAGGGCAAUCAGAUAACAGAUUAUCAGCUUCUGUCUUCUACAUCUCGGCAAAGGAGCUAGGAGCCUCAGAGCCCGGCGGGGACCAAGGAAAUUGGUUAAACCAUUGCUUAUAGCGUUGCUCAUCACUGGGAAGCAGGAGCAGGAUACUCAUGGCAUCAUCACCACUAGAACGGGCCUGUAGUGGUUAUGAUGUUUGGAGAAACCCUUUAUUUUAUUCCCUAUAGUUAAUUGGUAAAACAAAAAAAAGGACCUGUAUUUGUAAUUAAGGGAGAUUAAAACCCAUGAGCAGCAGGGGGGGAGGGGGUCCUAUUGUUCCUCCCCCCCCCCCCCGGGGGCCAAAAGUAACAAAAGAGGGGGACCUGUUGUCGUCAUCCCAAUCCCCACCCAAUGGUGCUGGGUGGGGGCUAAAUGUAAAAAAAAAUACCCCAACCCCACCUGACAAUUGACUAGGGGUCCCCAAGCCCCUAGUCACCCCCUCCCCAAUAAAAUUAAACCCUACCUACCCCCUCACCCUAAAAAUAGUGAGGGGGGAACUAAAAACUAAAUACCUGUAAAUAAAAAAAAAAUUAUACUUACCAUUAGAUGUCUUCUUUUUUUCUUAAACCUUCUUUUUUCAGCCCCAAAAAAGGCCAAAUAAAAACCGACGCCCCAAAAAAACAAUCCAUCUUCACCCAGUGAAGGCACCGCCCAGUCUGAGCUCCGCAGGGUGGGGAAAGGCAAUUUGACUCAGAGCGCUCUGAUUGGUUGGUUUAGGCCAACCAAUAAGAGUGCUCUAAUAGGUCAAUUUGAGCCUUGCAAGUUACCAAUAAGGCAAGGCCUUUUUUUAGGGCUAAAAAAAAGUUCAAGAGAAAAAGAAGACAUUUAUACUAAUGGUAAGUAUAUAUAUAUAUAUUUUUUUUAUUUACAGGUAUUUUGUUUUUUGUUCUCCCCUCACUAUUUUUAGGGUGAGGGGGUAGGUAGGGUUUAAUUUUAUUGGGGAGCGGGGUGACUAGGGGCUUGGUGACCCUUAGCCAAUUGGGGGGGUAUUUUUUACAUUUUUGUUACCCCCCCUUUUGUUACUUUUGUCCCCCAACCGCCGCUUAAGGGUGGGGGCCGGGGAUGACGUCAAUAUACCCCCCUUUUGUUACUUAGGGCUCCACCCACCGCUCAUGGGUGGGGGGGGAGACAAUAGGUUCCCCCCCUUAUGUUACUUUUGGCCCCAACCCGCCAAUCAUGAGUGGGGGCAGCGGUGGGACCCCAGGUCCCCAUUCCAUUGAGUAGUCCCUACACGGCUGUCCUCCCCUGUUAAUUAUUUUAGAAGAUACCCCACCAUGGGGGACCUGUGCUAUGUCACCCUUUAUUUGAUUCAGAGAGUGGUGGGCUUUUUUUUUUAUUUAUUUUUUAUUUUUUUACAGGGAGCAGGCACUGGCUGGUCACUGUUUAGCAGACAUGUUCCUACUCGCGGCAUAGCGAGUAGGGGCAUUCAGGAGAUUUUAAUCUCCCUUAUGCUAAAACGAGGAAUGAAUAUAUAUAUAUAUAUAUAUAUAUAUAUAUAAAAUACAAUUUUAUUCUGCAUAUUGAUAUUGUAAGGCUUGUUACCUUUUUGUAAUUUUGGCUUUUUUCAUGGACACUUGUUAUGGAUUUAUGUAUGUACAGUAUACAUUUUCCUUAUUUUACCUUUGCACACUGCAUGGCUGGUAAAUCUCAAUUAUAUUUUCCAACCUUGUGUAUAUUUAUAUAUCUGUCUACUAUGAAAAUCUAUCGGUUGAUGUAAUUUGUUACAGAUGCACACAUUUCUACUGAUUCCCACAGUUAGAGCAUCUUGUCCUCAUUGCUUGAAAACAGGAGCAUUUGGUAUCACAGCAAUUGGGUAAGUAUUUUAAUAAUCAGCCUUGACAUACAUGACAUAUGGUCUUGCAAUGCUCCACUAGGUCAUGAACUGAAUACUUAAAAAAAUAAACAGAAAAUAAUAAAUAAACAGAAGCCUUUUGAAUCCCUGCUGUGUAGAAAGAGUCCACAGGAAAUUAACAUUGAUUGCAGAGUGUCAUAUAAUGAAUCUAAUUCAUGUACGUGUAGAAGGGCAAAGUUCAAUUAUGUAAACAGUCUUCCAUUUAAGCUACAUACACAUACAUUGAUCGGCCACAACGUUAAAACCACGUGCCUAAUAUCGUGUAGGUCCCCCUGGCGCUGCAAAAACAGCUCUGAUGUGUUGAGACAUCGACUCCAUAAGACCUCUGAAUGUCAUGUGGUAUUUUACACCAGUACAUUACCAGCAGAUCUUUUAAGUCCUGCAAGUUGCGAGGUGGUGCCCCCAUUAAUCCGAUAUGUUGUUCUAAAACGCCAGAUGCUCACAGGUGUGAGUUGAGAUCUGGGGAAUUUGGAGGCCAAGGCAACAUCAUUAACUUUUUGUAAUGCUCCUCAAACCAUUCCUGAACAGUUUUUGCAGCGUGGCAGGUAAAUUAUCCUGCUGAAAGAGACCACUGCCAUCUGGCAACAUCAUUCCUAUGAAGGGGUGUACGUGUUCUGCAACCGUCUCUAGGUAGAUGGUACCUGUUAAAUUAACAUCCUCAUCAGUGCCAGAACCCAAAGUUUCCCAGCAGAACAUUGCUCAGAGUAUAACACAGUCUCUUCUGCCAGCCUACCAUCUUCCCAUAGUGCAUCCUGCUGCCAUCUCUUACCAAGAUAAAUGACCAACAUGCACCAGGCCAUCUACCUAAUCUAAAAAGAUAACUUGAUUUAUCAGACCAGGCAAACUUAUUUAUUUUUUUAUUAUUAUUGCUCCAUGUCCAGUUCUAAAACUCAUGUACCCAUUGAAGGUGGUUGACGGGAUCGUCAUGGGCACUCUGACGGGUCGGCGGCUACACAGCUCCACACAAAGCAAAUUGUGAUGCAUAUGUGUUCUGACACAUAUGCAUCACAAAUUUGAGCAACAGUAGCUCUUAUGUGCGAUCAGUACAGAUAGGCCAGCCUUUGCUCCCAAUAUGCAUGACCCUGACACCAGUUAACCAAUUGUCCUUCUUUUCACCACUUUUGGUAGGUACUGAACACUGCAUACCAGGAAAACCCCACAAGACUUGCCGUUUUGGAGAUGCUCUGACCUAGUCAUCUAGCCAUCACUAUCUGGCCCUUGUCAAAGUCAUUCAGAUCUUUUCGCUUGCCCAUUUUUCCUGCUUCCAACACAAGAACCGACUGUUCACUUGCUGCCGAAUAUAUCCAACCCAUUGACAGGUACCAUUGUAUCGAUAUGAUCAAUGUUAUUCACUUCACCUGUCAGUGGUUUUGAUGUUGUGGCUGGUCAGUGUAUAUCCUUUAGUUACACAGGACAAUAUAUUAACUUUAAAAGAUUAUUACCACAAUAUUGAAUCAUUGCUGUUGAAAUAUAAAUGCUCAUCUUCUGAUUUCCUGUGACUCCUGUAGUUCCUGAAAGUUUGCUACGUUCCAGUGGUUUGUUCCCUCUCUGAUUUCAUUGCGGCUUUGUCCAAGGUGGAUCUUCAGUGGGUGUCAUUUAUGGAAUUUGUGAGUUAGUGAAUGGAGAUCCGUCUUCAUUGAAUAUAACCAGGACUAACCUUUGGAGUGUAUUUGCCCAUGGUGGGUGCACAUAGACCUUAGCAGUGACUCAUCUUGUUUGAACUGAGAGAGGAAUUAUUGGGAAAUAUAUUGAUUUGCAAUAAAUACCAUUUUCCAUAAGCAGGUUUUUAAUCCGUGCUUAGAGCAUUUCCCCUAAGUAUGUAUUAUUAUUUUUAUUUUGCAAAAUUUCCCUCCUGUGCUACUUCUAAGACUUUGCUGUACUACCAGAUAUUCCAUCAGCUUUCCAUAUCUCUCGGGUUAGUGAGUUUUAUCAUACUCUACUUAAAUACAUCUUUAAAAAACAGUAUUAAUAGCUUAGGUCUCUGCACAUGGUUAACAGUUUUAGAAUACAGACAUAAAUUACUGCUGAACAGGUGUUACAUUGACCACUAAGAGAAGAUUAGUAAUUUUAUCUGAAAAACUGUGAACUAAUUACACAAGUUCUGCCAUUGACCUAGCCAACAGUAUUAACCCCUUAAAGGACCACUAUAGUGCCAGGAAAACAUACUUGUUUUCCUGGCACUAUAGUGCCCUGAGGGUGCCCCCACCCUCAGGGUCCCCCUCCCACCCGGCUCUGGAAGGGGGAAAGGGGUAAAAACUUACCUUUUUCCAGCGCUGGGCGGAGAGCUCUCUGCCUCCUCUCCUCCUCCGAUCCUCCUCCGUUACGCCCCGCCGGCUGAAUGCGCACGCGCGGCAAGAGCUGCGCGCGCAUUCAGCCCGUCGCAUAGGAAAGCAUUUACAAUGCUUUCCUAUGGACGCUGGCGUGCUCUCACUGUAAAAAUCACAGUGAGAAGCACGCAAGCGCCUCUAGUGGCUGUCAAUGAGACAGCCACUAGAGGAUUAGGGGGAAGGCUUAACCCAUUAAUAAACAUAGCAGUUUCUCUGAAACUGCUAUGUUUAUAAAAAAAAUAGGUUAACCCUAGAAGGACCUGGCACCCAGACCACUUCAUUAAGCUGAAGUGGUCUGGGUGCCUAGAGUGGUCCUUUAAGGACCAAACUUCUGGAAUAAAAGGGAAUCAUGACAUGUCAUGUGUCCUUAAGGGGUUAAAGGAAUGCUACAAGGUUUUAAAAGUGAGCCUAAAAUUAAAUGCAUUCAUUGAACUCUCCUGUUUGUAUUCUGGUAAUGCUUUCCUAUGCUCCAUAUGUUUUAAUGUUUUUCUUAUUUAUUUUUGUUUCUUUUUUUUUUUUACAAACAAAAAAAAAACAACAAAAACUAGUGGAUGGGUUAAAUCUAAAAAAAAUUUUUAAUUUAAGGUGAAUUUUAAAUUUUAGUUCAAAAUUUGAAGGUUUUGUUAAUUUUGGUUUAGAAUUUGAAAUGUAUAUUUAAGAUUCACUCUGACAUUUCAACAGUUCACAAUUUAGUGUUUAUCUGUGUGAACUUCUGUGUUUAUGCUUAUGAGGAACAGAUAACUUUAUAAUUUCCUUAACUACCGUGUGGUCUAUGUGUACUUUUGGUGAUAUAGCAUUAUAAAGAGGUUCUCUUUCCAACCACUAAGAAUUCUCUGUAACAUUUUAAAAUGUUUUUUUUUAACAAAUCAAUGCUGAUUUAAUCUAGCAAAGCUAUAGCAAAUGUAACAAAUAGCCACUGGAAAAUCUGACAUAUUUUCAAGCAUGUCAUCUUUGAGGUGUAUCACAAUUUUCUAAUUCUAGGUAACAGGACCUGCAAAGAUCAAGUGAUUAAAAAGGCCAUCUAGUGUUUUUGAUGCUCUGUAGUGGGAUUGUAACUUUAUUUGUUAUAUUUUUCCAGUGCUUGUGAAGACUUUUUUUUUCUCACCUUACUAGGAUUGGAGGGCUGUUUGCUGAAUUAAAAGUAACAAAAUAGAGUUAGGAAUACAAAACUACAUUCCUAACAAUGUCGUUUUGCCUCCGGGCCCCCUACAGCACUCAAAGGGUUACAUUCCUGAUUCCAGCUCCCAUGUCCUUCUGUGCCGGGUCAGGUUCCUCCUCCAGCGACGUCAUGGCUAUUUGCGCCAUGCACGUAUUAGGCUAUCCUUAAAGGAAAGCAUUGAACCAAUGCUUUCCUCUAAAGAUUUACAAGAAGCUGAACAUCCUCAUGAAAAGCAUGAGAACAUCCAGAGAACAUCCAAUUUCGCUGAGUUAAACUUUUAGUGCAGGAAAUAUAUAAAGGGAAUCAAUAUAUAAUAUUGGGAAUCUUUAAAUAUAUAAAGGGAAUCAACACAGUAAAGGAGGAGACUAUAUUUAAAAGAAGAAAAACUACCACAACAAGAGGACAUAGUCUUAAAUUAGAGGGGCAAAGGUUUAAAAAUAGAGGGUAGUGGAUGCAUGGAAUAGCCUUCCAGCUGAAGUGGUAGAGGUUAACACAGUAAAGGAGUUUAAGCAUGUGUGGGAUAGGCAUAAGGCUAUCCUAACUAUAAAAUAAGGCCAGGGACUAAUGAAAGUAUUUAGAAAAUUGGGCAAACUAGAUGGGCCGAAUGGUUCUUAACUGCCGUCACAAUCUAUGUUUCUAAGUGCCCACUAGAGGCAGUCUUAACCCACCCUGCAUUGUAGUUUCUCUAAAACGGCAAUGUUUUACAUUGCAGGGUUUAUGGGACAGAAACACUGCACCCAGACAACUUCAAUAAAAAGAAGUUGUCUGGGUGCCUAUAGUGUCUUUUAAUUUGGACCAAUAGUACUGUCAAACGUAAUUUAUUUUAAUUUGAGUUGUUCUUCUAUUUAUUCAUUAGGUUCAGGCUCAAGUGCGUCAUACCAAAUCAGCCUUUGACAGAUUGAAAACAGACGUGUGUGAAAAAGUAGAUCUCCUUCGAGCCAGUAGAUGCAAUCUUUUGUCUCAUGUCUUAACGACAUACCAGGUAACAGAAUCUUUAAUUUCCAAGUUGAAAGAUAAUCCCAUCAAUUCAAAGCCAUAUCUUUUGUCUUGUCACGCAUUAUCAAUAGCUAUGUGAUAAAUGUAUUUGUUUUCUUCUUUGAAAGACAACAUUGCUACACUUCUGGGAAAAGACUUCUCACACAAUGGCAGCAAUUCAUGAAAGUUUCAAGGGUUACCAACCGUAUGAAUUCACAACAAUAAAGGUAAGCAAGGGGGUGGGAAAAAAUAUCUUUAUCCAAACAUUCCCCAUUAAGGGUAUCUUUAUCACAGCAAUAAAAAAAAAAAAAUGAAGAAUUACAUUUCUUUAUGGACAUGUUGGUGUUUAAUAACUGCUACUAAGGUGUUUUGGUGAUGUUUACUAAUCCGAGUGUUUUAUCCUUGCUUGGCAGGCUCUAAGCAAAUUGGUGAAAUAGAUCACAGGCUUAAUUACUUUAAGUUCACGUAGCUCUUCAUCAUUCUAAAUGUCAGUGAAAUGCUUGUUAAUAUAAGUAUUUUCUUAUUUACUGUAGAGUGCUUUGAUGUUUCUUUGCAGACUAAAGCAUGCUAUUUAAAGGAACAAACGUAUAUUCCUAACACUAUAGUGUCCUAGUCACUGUUUGGGUAACCAGAGCCCCCAGUAAGAUGUAAAAUACAAGUAAAAUUACAUUUUCUCAUGUUUAGGAGGCUAGUGCACAUGUGCGGCAAAACGCAAAUCAGAUGGUUUCUGUGAGACCGUCUGAUUGAAAAAGCUGAUUUUUACUUGGCUAUUUCGGAGGAAACACCUUUGUAUGACAGCCACUAGAGGCAUUUUACGCAGAAAGGCAAUUUUUUCAGUUUCAUGGUUAAAACGAGAGGAACAUAGCAACCAGACCACUUCGUUGAGAUAAAGUGGUCUGGGUGCCUAUCGUGUACCUUUAAGCAAAAUAUAAAAAAAAUUUUAGUAGCACUAGGAAAAGGAGAAGUGAAUGGUGUAUUUGCUACCCACCUAUUGACUUUAGGUUGUACUCUUGCUAGUAUCUGAAAUUUAAAAAAAAAAGGUAUUAAUGUCUGAACUAAGGGAACACAAAGAAAUUUGAAACUUAUUUUGCAUUGAAAUUGUUGAUGUCAAGAUUGUAAGGGAGACUUGUGCCUUUUCUAAUGAACUGUUUAUAAAAAGAUGUUUCUUAACAUCCGGUGUUAAAACUCAAAGUCUUCACUCUUAUCGAGAAAGCUGAGUAGUCAUCGCUGCGGACACCAAGGACACAAUUCAUUUUAAUGUGAUCCCAUUUUAGUCAAAUAUUAGGAAACCAAAGCUAAAAAACUUUUGAAAAGAGACAUGAAUGAGUGGCGAAGAAUGGAACUUGCAUUUGUGAGGAAUGGAACUGAUCAGCCACAACAUUAAAACCACUGACCAGUGACGUGAAUAACAAUGAUUAUAUUGUUACCAUGGCACCUGUCAAGGGGUGGAAUAUAUUGGGCAGCAAGUGAACAGUCAGUUCUUGAGUUUCAUGUGUUAUUGGAAGCAGGAAAAAUGUGCAAGCGAAGAGAUCGGAGUUACUUUGACAGGUUCCAAGUAGUAAAAAAAUAACUAUUUGCAAAAAGCACUUCUUUAAAGAAAAGAGAGAAGAAAUAAAAUCCCUUUAAUACUUCUCCUUUAAGAACACAGAACACCUUUGUGUUAAUGAAUGUAUAUGCUGCUAAGACACCUUAGUGCAGUUCACCACUCUGUGUAUAACACACCAUGCACUAAUGGCAGUAUGGAUAAGGGUAUUAGUAAGUGAAUAGAUGAAAGGUACACAAUCUAAACCAAUACUUAUAUUUUUCAUGUACUGUCUGUUGCAGGUUUUUUUCCAAAUAUCACAGAAAAAGAUAAUAAAACAUAGAACAUAUAAUGCAGAUGGUAUUUGCAAAUGACAGAAAUUAAUGUAUACGCUAAGGUAGUUAUACACACUCACUUUUACUAAAGCUUAUAAACCAGCUCUAGUAUGUGACGCAUUCGUGACUUUAACAGGUGGUCACCAUCCUCUUCCAAAUGUGCUCACUUGAACUACUAAAUAUUUAGUACUUGGCAAACACAACCUUUUAUUUAACAUCUACUUAAAACAUGAAUAAAGUUGCCUAUGACAGUCAAAGUUGUGAGUAAAAUACAGCUGUUUUCUGCUACUCACAGAUCAUGUAUUUAAACUGUAACUAGAGUCAAGCUCUGGAAUUGUAUGCUUUCAAUUUUGCAACAUCAUGGCUCCGUCCACUGUUGUGAUGUUGUUUGUCCACUUCUAUGCAUUUUGCAUGUAUGCUUCGUCAGGGCGUUGUUAAUUGGAGUUACGAGCCAUUCUCAAUUCUUAAAUCCCAUCCGGGACUGUCCACUUGAUUUUUAUUGGUUAAUGAGUCUAAUUCUUAGUUACGACUGGUUCAGAGCCAAAACAGCAAGUCUUGUGGGGUGUUCCUGCUAUGCAGUGGUUAGUACCUACCAAAAGUGGUGCAAAGAAGGAAAACCAGUCAACCCGCAUCAGGGUCAUGGGCGCCUAAGGCUCAUUGAUGCACGUGGGGAGCAAAGGUUAACCUGUCUGGAACGAUGACACAGAAGGGUUACUGUAGAGCGAACUGUUACAAAAAAACGUAAUGCCGAUGCCAUGAAAGAAAGAUUUAAGAACACACAGUGCAUCUCAGUUUGCCAUGUAUGGGGCUGCAUCGGUCAGAGUACCCAUGAUGACCUUGUCAAUCGCCAAAAGCUCCUGCAAUGGGGACAUGAGCAUCAGAAAUGGACCAUGAAGCAAUGGAAGAUGAUAGGAUAGCAGGAUAAUGCACCUUGCUACACUUCAAAAAUUGUUCAGGAAUGAUUUGAGGAACAUGACAGAGCAUUCAAGGUGUUGCGUUGGCCUCCAAAUUCUUAGAUCUCCGUUUGAGCAUCUGUAGGGUGUGCUAACAUAACAAACCUGACCCAUGGAAGCCCCACCUCUCAACUUGCUGGACUUAAAGCAUCUACACGAUAUUAGGCAGGUGGUUUGAAUGCUGUUGCUGAUCAGUGUAUGUAGCUAAUUUAGUGUGCAGGUUAACAAAACUUAAAAAUGCUUACAGGCAAUUUUUUAAGAAAAAGGAAGGGUAAAGAUUUGCUCAUAGCGUCAAAACAAAGUCUUCCUAUUUUUAAAUAUGUCAGAAAUGCGACAUUAAUGAGUUAUAAAUGUUGUAUAUUGAUGAGUUAUCUGAUUAAAGCCAUAUGGAGUGUGUAUGCCUAGCAUAAAAUAAAUAAAUGGAAGAAAUGAUAAUGCACAGAUUAUAUCGCUGAUGAUUCACUGCUGAUUGUUUUAUAAUAACUUUCCAUACAUUUCUAUCUGUCACAGCAGCAAAACACUGUUAAAAAAUAUGGACCGUUCAUGCAUUGCAAUCGUCCAUAAGAAUUCUCAUUACUUGUACCGUUGGAUCCCCAUGCUGGGAGAAUAUGACUACUUAUUUCUGCCGUGACAUUUAUCACGCUGAGAGCAUCAUGCUGAGCAAUGUUAAAGAGAAUUUCUAAUCGGGAAACAUUAGGAGCUCUGUGCCUGAUGAAUAAUAGCAAUUACUUUCAAAGCUAAACUAUCUUUCUGGCAUCAUACUUAUUUGUAUUAAAUACAAACCAAUUUGUUUUGAUUUUAUGUGUGUGUGUCCGUAUGUGUGUUUUACUUUUAUGAAACUGUCUCUGUGCUCUAGAUCCUGCGUAGCAAGCUUGUGACCAGCCAGCCUAUCUUGAAAUGAAAUGCUUGUAAUUUUCCUACACCAGGGGUGCCCAAAAUGUACAUCUCCAGAUAUUUUAAAACUACAGCUUCCUCGAUGUUGUCAUUCUGAAGGCAUGCAAAGCAUUGUGGGGGUUGUUGUUCUACAACAUCUGGGGAUCUUCCUUUUGGGCACCCAUGUCCUACAGCCUGUGUCCUAGAACUCCAGUUGAAAGAGGGUAAUGGGAGCUAUAGUUCACCAGUACCUCUUCCAGAUCACAUAGCUAACAGCUAAUUAUUUGUCAAUACAGUUGUUGACUACUUUCCAAUGAUUUUCAUCUAGCCUUAUGACAGAUGUGAUCUUUUCUUUAAAACCACAGUUAUUUGUUAAUAUAAUAAAUUUCAGUGCCUAACAUGUUCAAACUGCAACUCCGUUAAGUGGGUAUUUCCUGCUUCCGUUUUAUGCUUGAUGAGAUGAGAUAAUUAGUGUUAAAAACUAGAUCAAAGCUAUUGUGCAAAGAAGCAUAUAAUGAAUUGUGUUUUGCAUACUGGAUACAUUCUACAUACUAUUGAAAUGUGCUCUGCUCUGUGUAUUUUAUUUAUUCUGUGCCUGCAUAUGCUAUCCAUUGGAAUUAUAAUGGAUAAAAUGGAAGAGAGUUCAUGGUAAAGGUUACAUAACCGUGAUUGCUGUCCUUUCAGUAAUGUUGUAUGAGCUAUAUUUCCGAUGAUACGUAGAGAAUACUUUGUCCCAUUCUUUCAAGCACUGGGUCACAAGUACGGUUAUGUGUUAGCCCCUGGGUUAUAAAACAAGAAGCAGUGAAACGGAAUUCAUAAGGAAAUGGCACUCCUCUGAUAGUGACAGUUCUUCCAUCAUUCCAAUAAAUUAUGUUAAAGCAUUUGUGGGGCUGAGGAGUGCAGAGGAGGAGAAGUGAAACUAUGGGAUAAUAAUGAUCUUCUGUAUAAUGCGUCUAUUUCUGAAGGAUUCGCCGUUUCUGGGUGGAAUGUGUUGUAGGAAUUUAAAGGGAUAUUUUAUAACCAAUGUAACAUUUUAUGACUGAGUCGCAAGCAUCUCAUUUAUCAGUCUUGCUUAUAGUUUAUGCUAUGCCUUUGUUACAUAGAUAUAAAGAAGAAUCUUUAGUAAUUAGAUGUAUCGUAAUGUUUGGUUGGCAUAAUGCAAUAGUAAAAAUGCACCAAUUUUUCAACUUUAAGAUGAAUAGAAUCUUCUGAUGUUAAAGGUUGCCAGUGAACACUUGAUAUUAGAAUAAAAAAUGUCAAAUGCAUGCUUAUUGUAUUUCAACAGCUAAUCUGAUUUUCAAACAUCAGCAUUUGGAUUUUAAGCAAUUGCAUCACAGCCUUUUCAACUGUGCAUAGAUUAAUAAAUACUGUACAGUUGACAGUACUCCACCCUUCACAGAUGUCUACAUUUAGACAAUGUGAUCCCAGAGUUCACAGCAGCAUAUCAGAAAUAUUUUCACAUACAUCCUGUCCUGUCACAUUCCUAUAGUUAUCUCUUCCUAUAAGGGAAUGACCUCAGAUUGGCACAAUAACAGGCUAAACUUUUAAUGAAAUGCUCAUCUGUUUUGAUCAGUAGCAUUAACUAUGCUCAAAGAUAGCAACGUGUCAGGUGAUUUUGUGAGGAAAAACCUUUUUUUUUUUUCCUGCAAUUUUAUUUCAAGAACCUUUGGUGCAUUUGCAUGGCAUGCAAGGUUGCCAAACCCAUGUGGGCCAGUUGAGGAGAUAAGAGGAUCUCCCCAGCUGUUCCAGUGGGAGCCUGUGGUUUGCACCUCCAGUGGGUGCAGCCACCACAAGUAAACUACCCUCACUCUUUAACGUGGUUUAGGGAUUUAGAACGUUGCUGUGGGUUACCAAGUCUCACUGGAUCAGAGGCAGAGGCACAAGUAGUCUGUACCAUAGAAGGUGCAGACUGCAAAUCUACACACCAAACCACAAAGGAUUAAUGAUAAUUCAUGCUCCCUCCCUGGCCAAAAAUACAUAUGAACACACAACACCAAAGACACACAUAAUACCAUAAAAAGUCUACAUAAGUACACAUAACACCACAGACAGCCCCAAGUUCAUAAGUAUUUUUGAAAAGUGCACACAUGCAUUACAAAACAUGCAACCCAUAAACAGACCCUAUAGUAUUAACCACUAUCUGGCCCCCGGUUGCCUCCCUAAAGAUAGUAAAAUCUUACUUGUAUUCAAGUCUGAAGCUGCUGCCUCUGCCUGUGAACUUCAUCUGACAUCAUCAGAAGUGGUAGCCUGAUCCAAUCACAAUGCUUCCCCAUAGGAUUGGCUGAGACUGACAAGGAGGCAGAUCAGGGGCAGAGCCAGCAGAAUUCAAACACAGCCCUGCCCAAUCAGCAUCUCCUCAUAGAGAUGAAUUGAAUCCAUGAAUCUCUAUGAGGAAAGUUCAGUGUCUGCAUGCAGAGGGAGGAGAUACUGAAUGUUUGGAUGCAUUUUAGGCAGCCAUGACCCAGGAAGGAUCUCUAACAGCCAUCUAAGGAGUGACCAGUGAAGUUAUCACUAGGCUGUAAUGUAAACACUGCAUUUUCUGUAAAAAGACCGUGUUCACAGCAAAAAGGCUGAAGGUAAUGAUUCUACUCACCAGAACAAAUACAAUAAGCUGUAGUUGUUCUGGUAACUAUAGUGUCCCUUUAAAUUUUAGGAGACUUACCCUCUAAUAAACAGAACCAUCUUAGACCUUUGGAGUGUCAUCUGUGUUCCCUGUUACUUCACUUGACUUAUAAGUGAAGUAGUGAAGCGGGUGACUCAAAGCUUAGUUGAUGCUGCUAAUGUCUAACAGUGUGCGUCUGCUCACAAGUAGUGGCUAGGGCACAGACAGACAGGGGAAGGACAGAAAUAAUGAUCAGGAGUUUAGAGACGGUUUAGUCAUUGAUUCUUACAUGAACUCAGAAUGCUUUGCCCCAAGAUGGCCACCAUUUCAGUAUGCACUCAUUAAACAAACACUACAAGCACCAUAUGCCCACUGUAGUGAUUAUCGUGCCAGAAGUUCUCUAGUCCUUUCUCAGGGUAAAUAGUUGACAACAUACCUUGUUUCUGCCUACAAAGAUCUUCUAUUAGUUCCACUGAGCGAAGUCCUGCCAUGCCAUACUGCAUGUAAAUUGUCAAAACUAUUUGACUACAUAGCUUAUAAGGGCACUCCUGGCGCUAGAACUACUACAGUUGGUUGAGAUAGUUAUGGUGUUUGGAGUCUUCAUUUAAGGUGAAUAGGACAAGCAUAGGCAGAAAAUGUGAUAUUUUGAAAGAUGUCACUCAGCGCAGUCCUCUCCUUUAGGCACAUGCCUUAUAUACCUGAACAGAAAUCUGUCCCUGACUCCGGGAAAUUUACGUUAUAGUUACAUCGUUUUUAGAUCUUCAUGUUAACUUAUUUAAUGGAACUGGAGCAACAGUAAUACAUGGAAGAAAAUCAUGUUGACAGGGAACUUGGGCCACCCAGUGUUUCCCAUAAUCCCCUUUGCUGCAUUUUCCUCUAGAAGUGAAUGUGUAAUGGUUACAGCCAGUGGCGUUUUAUUCUUGUGAAUUAAUCAGUGGAAGAUGAAAGUGAAUGGAAACCACAGGCAGCAUCUGUUCACUAACACAAGGUGUUCUCUUUUUAUCGAGAUUAAUGAUACAUCACAGGCAGUUCUAAUGGUCAUGUGUUAAUGGAAUUUAAUUUAUAUAAUUUGUUUGUUUUUUGUUACAUAAAAUGCAAUGUAAAGACUGCAUAAACUGAUUGUGUAAGUGUUGUAGACUGUAUAGUUACUGGCAUUACUUUAUUUUUGUAACACACACAAAUUUGAGGAACAUUGACAGACUUAAAUAGUCAUAUUUGUCUACUGUACCCAUACGUUUAUCAACACAUUCUUGUACUGCGUUGAACCAUUGAGAAACUGAAAUGUUCAAUAGCCAAACGUUAGUCAUUUGAUUUUAAAUCUUAGUGUUCUUCAGCCUCUUGUUUUGUACUGCAUUUUUUGCGUUUUGAUUGUCUGAAGCGCAUCCGAUUGUGGUUAUAGAGAGUCCAGAGCCCCCUAGCACUGCCCAUCCACAUGGCACAUCCAGAGUUAUUGUUAAUUGUGUGCUGGAGACUAAUUACACUCCAAUUCCAGGUUGCUUAAUGUCAAUUCUGUGCAUAUUUUAUUUUGUGCAUACUUCCAUACAUCUUCCCUCCCUCUCACAUUGAUUGUAGCCCUUCCUCCCUAUCCUCUCCGCUAAAUUACUUUUUUAUUCAUUUUUUUUUUUUAUUGCUUAUUUAAGUUUUGCAAGCAAUAAUUACAAUACAACAAAAACAAUGAGACAAAAAGAAGGAAAAUUGGAUUUCACAGAGUCUCAUCACAAUUUUCAAGGUUACAAUAAAAUACAUGAAAGGCAUUUUGUAUCAUAAAUUUUCCCCCAGAACCAGGCAACAAUCAUCCUUGUCUAUAUGGAUUGAAUCACGAAACCACUCUACACAUGCUAAGCAAAUGGGGUUAGGUGGUACAGGUUUAACCAUUGCUUAACUUCCUGUUUAUUUCUGGUUGUGGGGAGAGGUAGGUCAGUUCAAAGCAGGGAUAUCAAACAUUUGAGCAUGGUGCGUUUAACUUAAGGAAGUGCUUCAGGAGGAUUAAUUAGGCAUUUAUGAAUUGAUGCAUAGGGUAGUGAGUUUAUUUUUAGCGUUAUUGUGAGAGAUGUUAAAGGACAGACUCUAAUUUACUUUUUAUCCGCUGCCCUCACUCUCUUUUUUUCCCUCCUGUUGUCGCUUCAGAGCUCUGAGCCGAUCAAAUCAUCUGUGAGAAGCCUUUGAUUGGACCUCCACGUGGCUCUUGUGACAUCUGACUGGGGCACGCCGAGCAGCCCCGGGAAGUCACCCAACCUCCUCUUUGAGAUUUUUUUGGGGGGUAACUAUAGAAUAAUUCCCUAUUGGUAUUCAUAACGAAAAGGGUUUGGAGAAAUCCUUUAAGAGAUAUAUAAGAAAAUUAUGAAAUUAUUGCAAGGUGAACUAUAUCCAGUUUAAAGGACCACUAUAGUGCCAGGAAAACAUACUCGUUUUCCUGGCACUAUAGUGCCCUGAGGGUGCCCCCACCCUCAGGGACCCCCUCCCGCCGGGCUGGCUGGAUGGAGAGGAAGGGGUUAAACUUACCUCUUUCUCCAGCGCCGGGCAGGGAGCUCUCCUCCGCCUCCUCUCCUCCUCUUCGGCUGAAUGCGCAUGCGCGGCAAGAGCUGCGCGCGCAUUCAACCAGUCCAUAGGAAAGCAUUCUCAAUGCUUUCCUAUGGACGCUGACGUCUUCUCACUGUGAAAAUCACAGUGAGAAGCGCGGAAGCCCUCUUGCGGCUGUCAAUGAGACAGCCACUGGAGGCUGGAUUAAAGGACCACUAUAGUGCCAGGAAAACAUACUCAUUGUCCUGGCACUAUAGUGCCCUGAGGGUGCCCCCACCCUCAGGGACCCCCUCCCGCCUGGCUCUGGAAGGGGGAAAGGGGUUAAAUCUUACCUUUUUCCAGCGCUGGGUGGGGAGCUCUCCUCCUCCGAUCCUCCUCUUCUCCUCCCCGUCGGCUGAAUGCGCACGCGUGGCAAAAGCUGCGCGCGCAUUCAGCUGGUCACAUAGGAAAGCUUAACCCAUUCAUAAACAUAGCAGUUUCUCUGAAACUGCUAUGUUUAUGAAAAAAUGGGUUAACCCUAGCUGGACCUGGCACCCAGACCACUUCAUUAAGCUGAAGUGGUCUGGGUGCCUAGAGUGGUCUUUUAACCCUAUUAUAAACAUAGCAGGUUCUCUGAAACUGCUAUGUUUAUAAAAAAAAAAAAAGGGUUAACCCUAGCUGGUACAAAUAGAAUAGGGGAUAGUCUGCUAAAUACAAAUAAAAUAAAAAAACAUAGCGUUUAACUGUGUGGGAGUUAAUGACAGUGUGCAGUCACAAUUGGUCACUCACAAAUUUUCUGAUGUAAAAGCAGCCUUGAAUGGUAUCUUUUCCUUCAAUGUCCACUGUAUUGUCCCUCCUCACACCUCCAUUAGUAAAUUGGCAUAUAUGGCUCAAAAGAAAAAAAUACAAAAAAUGUAGUGCACUUCCAGAGUAUAGUAAAAAGAUUUGAAUAACUUAUAUUUAAGUAUCAAACAAAUCACAUGUCACCACAGGGGCGUCCUUGGUGGCAUGUGAUUUGUUUGAUACUUAAAUGUAAGUUAUUAAAAUCGUUUUACUAUACUCUGGAAGUGCACUACAUUUUUUGUAUUUUUUUUCUUUUGAGCCAUAUAUGCCAAUUUACUGAUGGAAGUGUGAGGAGGGACAAUACAGUGGACAUUGAAGGAAAAUAUACCAUUCAAGGCUGCUUUAACAUCAGAAAAUUUGUGAGUGACCAAUUGUGACUGCACACUGUCAUUAACUCCCACACAGUUAAACGCUAUGUUUUUUUAUUUUAUUUGUAUUUAGCAGACUAUCCCCUAUUCUAUUUGUAUAUGUUUGUUGAAGACAAGAGGAAGUCUUUGGGAAUUUACCUGGAUAUUUCGCCUAAUACAGGGAAGUCCCGGUCUGCUUUAAAUUAUAUACUUUUAUCACUGGGUUGUGUUCACAUAUUUUGUUGUUUGUGUUUUUAACCCUAGCUGGACCUGGCACCCAGACCACUUCAUUAAGCUAGUGGUCCUUUAAUGGGUUAGUCACUCGUGUUUGAAGCAUUGGAUUGGCUGAGAUCGUCAAUUCUGAUGAUCUCAGCCAAGGAGGCAAAGCCAGCACCAGCAGACUCGCAUGGCACUGAAAUAAAGGUAAGAUUUCCACUAAUUUAAGGUGCUCAGGCAACUAAAUAGUGUUAACACUAUAGGGUCACGAAUACAAGUUCCUUUAAAUAGAAAACUAUCUUGUGAUAUAUUUUUCCUCCAAAAGCAUUUUAAUAAAAGAAAUAAGAUUUAAAUGAAAAAAAAACCUGUGUUCUAUAGAGUGAUGAGAACACCAAGGUGGUGAUGGCAACUAAAAUACAAACAAUUUCACAAAAACUGGGCAUUAAAGAACAAUAAUAAAUAUAAAAUGUUUUCAGAAUUUUUUGUGUUUUGUUUUUCAAAAGAAGACAAAAACUUGGCCUGAAUAAUGCGUCUCUAGUUCUAAAUGAUACAUUUCUUUUGUAUUUAGUUUUGGAAACCAGGGUAAAAAUGCGAUAUUUGGUUGUGAAACCUAGGUGAACUUUUAAUUGUGGCUUUGUAAAAGGAUGAUUUGUUCCCCUUUCCUAUAAUACAUCUGUUAAGUCCACUUUGCCAAGAGAACUAAGAUUGACAUGAGAGACAUUUCGAACGUUCCAAGUCCCUUGGCCAACAAAACUCUCACCAUGAUGAAGUUGAGUUCCUGUGUGAGAUUUUGGGACACACUUGUUACCAUCAGAAUAAACCGGGGUGGGGAGGAGGGAGGAUUUGAAAAGCAAGGUGACAUUUUACACACAGAUAAAUUCAUAUUUUGUUUCUUCUAUAUAGAAUAUGACUUCUAUGCAAGUGUUUCAACAAAAUGUAACUUGUACACUAUAUAUUAUUAAAACUUUAUAGACCAUAUUUAUCUGCACAAAAUGAUUCAAGACUUCUCUUUAAAAUGGGAUACUUAUUAUAUAGGAAACUUUGUAAAACGUCAUAAUUACAGGAAUAUUUUUCACAGUAGGCUAUAACAAACUAUUUUACCAUCUAAUGUCUAUUAGAUAAACAUAACACUAGGUAUAUUCUCAAUAUCUCUUUAUGGCUAAAUGUUUGUUUCUCUUUGCCAAUUAAGCUCUUUCUAAUGCUCAGAAAUUCUUUCAUACAUGUUAAUUUCUCUUGGCACAGAUGCCUUUAUAGGUGGGAUUUUCAUUGUUUGUGUGCAGAUCUGGCAUCCUGAAAACAUCUCCAUCUGUUAUAUUCGUCUAUAUGCUUGUAGCCAAGAUCCUCAAAGCUCCACGCAGCUUUAACAUAUGGAUUUUAUAUAGAUAAAUGUGAAUCUGAUAAAUAUGAAACAAAGUUCCGCUCUGUAAAAUGUUUUCUUAAAGUCGCAGCAUGUUAUAUGUUUUGGUGCACAAAAUGGCGGCGGAGUGGGGGUUACAGCUAUUGCUUGCAACAAUUUUUAUUACUUAAACCAAACCAAGUCAGCUUUUCUAUUUCAAUCUAAAAUCUGCAGGUCGUUUCUAGUGAAUAGGGUGAGUAUAACUCUUUCAAGGUUAUUCACUAAAGCGAAAUUCUAAAUGAAUUUAAGAUUUAAAAAGAAACAAAGUAGCCAUACUGGAAGCAUAGCUGACUGGUUUGAUUUUUUUAUUUUUACCUUAAAUUUAAGUUCACAUUUUUAUGCAUAACUGUGUCAAUGUCUACAUUCAGAAAAGAACGUCAGGUAAUUUAAAAGCCUUACAAGUAAUAUUUAGUUUAUUAUUGACAACUGGUCAUCCUUUGCACCACUUUAGUACCGUUUUUAUAAUCAACUAUCCCAUGCCGUUGACUGAAUUAUAUGGUGUUGGGGUUUUUGUUGGGGAGAGGGAGGUUGCUAACAAAACUGAUGUUUUUACCAUUAGGUGUUAUAGCAAGAUAGAAAAGAGUCUGCUCUUUAGAAGUAUAUAGAAAGCCAGGCAAAUUCAGUAAAACAAUGCUCUAAACAUAGAAUGCAGUUAAGAACUGAUCGUACUGAUGGCAUAGUGGGAUACAGGAAACACAGAAACCCAUAUCUAAACAAAUUAUGGAAAGUUCUUGAGAGUAACAAGAUGUAAUAAAACAAAUAGCAAACUAAUACAAGGCAACUAUACCGGCAAAUACUUACUCUGAUAGUCGUAAACAUUCGCAUUAUUAACAUGGUUGUCCUAUGCAUUUAGUUGAUGUUCAGUAUGUUGAGUAACAUUGAAAAAAAAAACAGUUUCCAUUAGUUUAGGAUCUACGAGUUCUUCUCUCGUUACUUAUAUGAAUUUAUUGGUGUGCUCUCCCUUCUCCAUUAUACUGUUUUUGUGUCUGUGGCCUAACCGUAUAUUCUUGUUAUACCAUGUAAGUUUACUGUUUAAAUGCAUAUUAUAUGGGAAGAGUUAGGGGUACUAUGUGCUAAAAAAUAACUCCCAGGAAGGAUUUGUUCAAGUGUUCCCCUUUGAAUUUAUUUUAAAAUGUUCUUGUAUUCCUCCUUUCUGCUAGGAUGUUACUCUCUUGGUUAUAAAACAAACAGAAUGUGUUACAUGUGUUUUUGUUGCAUGGGUAUAGGUAUUCAUAUUUCAUAAUGAAAUUAUUUGUAAACCAUUUUCUAAUUGUAGAAAUAGUAAAUGUUAAUUGUUUCUGCUUUUAGAGCCUGCAGUUUCCCAUGGACAUUGACAAUCCGGAAAAGAAAACAAAGAAAAAAACGAAAGUCAAAGAAGAUCUGGCAAAAAAUGAUGAUCAGUAAGUAUAAGCUAUGGCAGUAAAACAAAUAUCCUAUGCAGGUUGUUUUUCAUGAUUAGAAAUAAUGGGUUGUAUAGUUAUAGCACACAAUGGUGGUAGUUAACAAGAGGAUGUGUGUAUCUAAUAAAUAUGUGUACAUGUGUACCCCCCAUGUGGAACCCAUGUCACCCCAAUCAUUGUUUUUUCCUAUAGUGUCCGCUUCUUCUUGGGGUGAUUGUGAAUAUUUCUCAAAAGCACAAAAUAACUGAAUCAUUCCAUUAAUUAAGAUGGCAUUCAAGAUGUUUAUCUAGUACAUAUGUAUUGUGAUGUCACUGUAACUGCUUUAUCUCACUGCAGUGGUUGUAAUCUCUGGAGUCCCCUGGUGCUGUUCCCAUUCAACAAUUUUGAUGUUUUAAUGCUAAAUGAGUCACCAUCAACACAUCCCUCUGGGCUGCUUGGACUAAUGACCAAGUAUUAGUCUGAGCAGCAUUGGGAAGCUGAGAGUGUCAGCUGACUACUUUCAGUCUAUCACAGUGCCCAUUGCUGGUAUGUAGUGGUAUGGUUAAAAGUUAGUGUGUAAUUUCUGCCUUAACCAUACAUCCAGUAGAGAGACGGACAGUUUGUGGCCAGAGAGCCUUAUUUAGUGUUAAACAAUCUUUUGCAUUCAACUGUAAACAUAGAAGCACAGAAUGUGAUGGUAGAUAAGAACCGUUUGACCCAUCUAGUCUGACCAAUUUUCUUAAUACUUUCAUUAGUCCCUGACCUUAUCUUAUAGUUAGGAUAGCCUUAUGCCUAUCCCACGCAUGCUUAAACUCCCUUACUGUGUUAACCUCUACAACUUCAGCUGGAAGGCUAUAACAUGCAUCCACUACCCUCUCAGCAAAGUAAUACUUCCUGAUAUUAUUUUUAAACGUUUGCCCCUCUAAUAUAAGACUAUCUCCUCAUGUUGUGGUAGUUUUUCUUCUUUUAAAUAUAGUGUUAAUUAAGUUCCUUUACCGUGUUAAAUCCCUUUAUGUAUUUAAAUGUUUCUAUCAUAUCCCCCCUGUGUCGUCUUUCCUCCUAGCUAUACAUGUUAAGACCCUUUUACCUUUCCUGAUAAGUUUUACUCUAUGAACCUUGUUCAUGCCCUACAAGACAAACCUUAUGUUACAAUCCUUUACAGGUUAAUUUCGUUAGAUGAUGAGAUGCACAAUAUUGAAACUGGAAUGGCAGGUAAGUGUUAUACUAUUAUAUGCAGAUAGAGAUAAAUACAGACUAUUGCUUUAGUCUGGGAGUAUUCUCCCCUAGUGAAGUAUACAUUUAAACUUGCAAUAGACAGUAUGAGGACAUCUUCAUUGGUUUUCAAAUGAUUUGGGUGAAUAGUGAAAUCAUUAUUUGUCCUCCCGCUUAAGACAUAUCUUAUACUUAAUAACUCCUUUCUGACUGAUCCUGUUGUCAAACUUCUUUUUGUUCAUGACUCCCUUUUUGCCACUUUUGCGAUGUUUAUGUUCCACUGUAUAUAACACUUUCUUAAAGGGACACUAUAGUCAUCAGUACCACUAUAGCUUAAUGUAGUGGUUCUGGUGUCUAAAGCCUGUCCCUGCAGACGUUUCAAUGUAAACGCUGCCUUUUCAGAGAACUGGUAACAUCUCUAGUGGCAGUCACUCAGAUGGCCACUAGAGGUGCUUCCUAUCUCAGUGCUGCAGGGUGAUGCUGAACCCUCCCCAUAGCAAUUCAAUACAUCUCUAUGAGGAGAUGCUGAUUGGCACAGUGCAGCAUUUUUCCACAUAUGCGCAGUAGCUUCCCCCAUGGGAAAGCAGUGGAUUGGCUGAGAUCAUCAAGAUUAAUGAUUUCAGGCAUGAAGGGGUGGCCAACCAUGGCAAGACUAUUGUGGUGAUGUAGAUAAGGUAAGCAGAUCUCACCUUUUCAUGCACUUGAAGGGUGACCGGGUACCUAAACAUCGCAGUAACUUUAGGGUUAGGAAUGCAUGUUUGAAUUCCUAACUCUCUAGUGCUCCUUUAAGUGCACCCAUAUUUUAUAGUGUUUUUCAAAGUAUGGAUAUGGCUUUCUAUUGGUACCAUUUAUGUAUGUACAGUAAAAUAUUACAUAUGUAUGAAAUGUAAAAAAAAAAAAAAAAAAUCAUGGAUUUCCUUCUAACUGUGUAUAUGUGUGUGUGUAUAUAUAUAUAUAUAUAUAUAUAUAUAUAUAAAAAUGGGAAGUACAAGCGCUUCUAUAUAAAGUUUAAGAUUGGAAUUAUAUCGAACAAAUUUGAUGUGAGCUGCUAUAUCACCGUGCUUAUCUUUCUAUAAGAAAAUCGUGGAAAAGUGGGAAGUAUCGGUGUAGCGCUCUAUAUUAGUGGAUAUGAAAAGAAAACAAAUAAAGGAAAACCUUGCUGUACCUUGAUGGAUAAUAUAUACUAAUGGAUAAUCCAGAGUAGUCAGGUAUACCUUAAAUACAAAGCACAAAUAUACAAAACAUAGUGUAACCUGUAUACAAAAUGUAAAAAAUAAAGUGCAUAAAUAACUCACUCACACUUUUCUGAGCUAAUGUGCACAUUUUUCCAGCUGAGGAAGCCAAUUUGGUGAAACGCCCCUGGAUGAACAGUGAGCAGACUAUACUGUCUUUUGACUAUAGCCACAAGUGUUGAUUUAUUGAUAUAGUGUAUUUUUAUAUUUAUGUAAUACUUUUUAUACAAUAAAUUAUAUAUAUAUUUUUAUCACACUUACGGCUUUCAUUCCUACCUGCUAUUACAAAGAAGGAUUGUGGUCCUUAACCACAUACAUCUUAUGAAGCGAGCCGAUACAUUGGCUCAGGGUUUGUGAGUAUAUUGGUAUUGUUCAUUUAAUAUACCUUAUAUACAUCAGACUGUACUACUAUUCUCUCCUCCUAUACCUAUUACCUAGGGCUAUAUACCUGGAGACCAUUUGGACGAAAAGGAGGGAAGGGCCUCUCGGACCCUAAGCACAUACCUGAGCUAGUACAUUAGCUCAGAAAAGUGUGAGUGAGUUACUUAUGCACUUUAUUUUUUACAUUUUGUAUACAGGUUACACUAUGUUUUGUAUAUUUGUGCUUUGUAUUUAAGGUAUACCUGACUACUCUGGAUUAUCCAUUAGUAUAUAUUAUCCAUCAAGGUACAGCAAGGUUUUCCUUUAUUCAUAUAUAUAUAUAUAUAUAUAUAUAUAUAUAUAUAUAUAUAUAUAUAUAUAUAUAUAUAUAUAUAUAUAUAUAUAUAUACAUAUUUACUCAAUUAGUGCAACUAAAACAAAUAUACAAAUCAAAAUAGAUUAAUUUAUUAAUUUUGACAGUUAAAAUGCCUCAUAUAUCCUGGAUUACUUUUUGGAAGUUAUAGAACAAAUAUUUUAAGGAGUGAAUUAUGUUUUGAUGGAUAAACCUUUGCAGAAUUCAGUGUAGUAGAGUGAUGGGAACGAAUGCUUUCCUAUGGACUGGCUGAAUGCGCACGCGACUCUCACCGCGCAUGCGCAUUCAGCCAAUGAAGGCGGAGGAGAGAUCCCAGCACCGAGGGAGCCCGGCUAUGGAGAAAGGUAAGUGAUUUAACCCCUUCCUCCCCAUUCAGCCCAGCAGGAGUGGCACCCUCAGGGCACUAUAGUGCCAGGAAAACGAGUUUGUUUUCCUGGCACUAUAUUGGUCCUUUAAGUUACUGCAGGUCUCAGUACUGGUUUUAUUGCCUAGCAUGUACUAGGGGCAUUCACCUGGUUCAAAGUUGGCUUGUUUAGGAACUGUUUGACAUAAACCAUUUCUUCCCAUUGCCCGCAAACCGACAACUCCUCAGCUGCAAAUUGAACGCUUUCACAUUAUCGUGGUCAAUUUAGUCCAACUUGCCAGCUGUAAUUGACUGAUUGUGCUAGGGACAGGUUAGCAUUAAUUCCAUAUUAUCAAUGUGCCUUAUGAAGAACUGGCCUCUGUGCUCCAGGAAGAGUCCCAGAUUAUGUCAAACCAUUUCUAAACCCUCUUACAUUAAAUCUUGGAUGGAGCCAGCACAACAUAACCUCUGCAAUCAGCUUAGAACAUCCCUUUUUUUCUUCUUUUUUUUAUUUUAAACUUUAAUGUAGAGAAUUCGUACAAUAUAAAUGUGCAAUAAAAAUAACAUUUGUUUAACAGAGAAACAAUGAGAUGGAUCAGAUUAAUGACAGAUCAAAGAGGUAGAGGUGUGUAAAAUUCCAGUCUAAGUUAGUUCAGAUCAGUGAAAACAGUACUCAACUCUAAAUUUUAACCCAAAGUUCAAAACAGGAGGAAGUAGAAGGGAACUCCCUCCUCACGUGCACCCCAAUCCAUGGGUCCCAGAAAUAAAAAUAAACAGAAGUAAGUACCCUGUUACGAGGCCAUUAUUGUGUAGAAUACCCCCGUAACGGGAAAAAAAAAAAAAAUUCAACAAAUCAACAUUGUAAAUUAAGACAAACAUGCUGUGGGAUUUUCUAUAAUAUAAAGCUUUGUUAUAAAUACAGUUUAUUUAUGUAUGUUCUUAUUUUAUAUUUUGUAAGCCUCAGAAGCUGAACUGGAUAAAGGAACCCUUCAGAGCCAUUCUUCAUUUGAAGGUAUUUGUCUAUAUGUCUGUCUGUCCUUCUGCCUGCCUUUUUAUGCCCUUCAGUUCCUACAGCGUUAGCACACAUUUCCGACAUGUUGAAGAUAGGGAGAAGUUGGCUGUGGAUAGCAAGCUCUGUUCCAGCAUAUAUCAGUUAGUACAGGGGUUAGGCAUCUGAAGCUGAGCAAGGUAAGCCUUCAGAGCCCUUCUGAGUUUGUGUGUUUCUGUCUAUAUGUCUGUAUAUAUUAUGUAUAAUGUGUAAGAUUACAUGCCAAUAGUGUAAAGAUGUGAUUGACUUUUUUUUUUUUUUCUUUGGUCGCUAAGGAUUUGGAAGACACAAAUAUAAGAUAAUCACUCCAUGUUUAUAAGCUAGGGUUUGUGUGUCUAUAAUUUAUCUGUAAGCAGUUGUAUUCGCACAGUAAUUUGUUUUUGUAUGUUGAAAAUACUCUAUGUGAGUGAUCUCCUGUUGGAUUUAUCUAAGCAUUGUUCUUGUGAUGUAUGUCAUUUGUAGGUGCAUUUGAUGAUUUGCUAGAUUUAAAGCCUGAAGAGAAAUUUCUUUAUGAAGAAAGUGGUAUGUAAAAUGAUGUCAACAUAUAUGUCUUUCUAUUUGGUUCUGUGGGUAGAAUUUGUAUAUUGAAAUAAGUGCUUGCACUCAUUCUUUUGCAAGGGGUACUGCCGUUGCAAAAUGCAAACACAAAUCAUGGACCACUUGGCGAGCACCAAUACGUGUUUUGUAUUGGCCUUCCGCCCUCCUUUGCCAAAAUGUCAGUUACUCUCAAAUUGUAUCAAUUGUCUGUGUUCAGUAUCAGCUGGUCUGUGUGCCAUAUGCUCUGUGAAAUUUGUUUGUGUACUGUGUUGGUACCUAAUAAAGCUGAAUUAUUUAAUCAACAUGAGUCCACAUUGUGAAGCUGUAAAGCUCUUUUCAACAUAAUAUAUUUAAAUUCAGACCGAAUAAUUCUCUUAGGUUAACACAAAGACAGUGGGAUUGAAGACGGGAUCAGAUUCUCGUCUAUUGACCUUGUUAUACUUUGUGUGUGUGUGUAUACAGUGCAUAUACAGAUAUACACAGUGUGUGUGUAUACAAACAUCUUCAGUAUGUGUAGUAGAACAUGGUCAAUAGAUGAGGAUCCAAUCCAGUCCUAAUUCCCACUGUCUUUGUAUAUAUAUUAGAUUUAUUAAAGUUUAGGUUCUCCUGGAUUCUGGACUCUUUUCUCUGAACCUGUUUGCUGGCCUAAGCCUUUAAAGGACCACUAUAGGCACCCAGACCACUUCAGCUUAAUGAAGUGGUCUGGGUGCCAGGUCCAGAUAGGAUUAACCCUUUUUUCUGUAAACAUAGCAGUUUUCAGAGAAACUGCUAUGUUUACCUAUGGGUUAAUCCAGCCUCCAGUGGCUGUCUAAUUGACAGCCGCUAGAGGGCUUCCACGCUUCUCACUGUGAUUUUCACAGUGAGAAGACGCUUGCGUCCAAAGGAAAGCAUUGAGAAUGCUUUCCUUUGGACUGGCUGAAUGCGCGCGCGGCUCCUGCACGCAUGCGCAUUCAGCCGAAGAGGAGGAGAGUCCCCGCCCGUCACUGGAGAAAGAGGUAAGUUUAUCCCCCUUCCUCCCCCUAGAGCCCGGCGGGAGGGGGACCCUGAGGGUGGGGGCACCCUCAGGGCACUAUAGUGCCAGGAAAACGAGUAUGUUUUCCUGGCACUAUAGUGGUCCUUUAACAUUAUCUACACUAUAACUAUAUCCUAGCAACUGUAUCUAUGUUUUAGGUCCUACAGCAUUAGUGUAACUAUGUUGGUUUGGAGAACAUAUUAAAAUAUAGGAAGAAGGAGCACUAUUUCAAUUUCUAGGCUGCUAAUUCAGGAUUGUACGAAUGUUUCCACCUAACAUUUUUUUGGUGUCUUUUGAAAUUUUCAUUUGCUGGUUUUUUUUCCCUUUCAUUUUUACAUUAGCAAAAAGGACAUUCUUCUAAAUAGCAUUUUGUUUUUGAGGGGUGGGCUAUUCACCAAUAUGAGACAUUUAUAUGCAAUGGAAUUUUAAUAAAUGUUUACUAAGAUUUUAAUUGGUGUUAUCUUUUUGUGCAAAAUCUAACUCUUAACCAAUUUUUUUUUUUAAUUACUAUUCUUUUUUCUGGCUUUUUUUGGUCAGUGGCCAAAAACAUUUGUGCACUCUAGAACUGCAUUGUGUUAAGUACCUGAGGGUAUUAGAUAAUUCAUUGAUUUAAUACAUUUGAUUAAUGUGGAGCAGAUUAAAUGAAUGUAAAAUGUAAACUUUUGUGAAGAAAAUACUUCCCAAUGAAACAGAGAAUAUAUAUGUAAAGAGACUGGCUAUCUAAAUAUAUAUAUUGUUUAAAUUGGUAAUUGAUAUCCAGAAAGCUAAAUGUAUACUUUUUCGUCCUUUUAAGCAAGUUCUAAAGACCUUCUCGAUUCAGACUUUGGAGAUAAGGAUGACAUGCAGCUUCUAAACGACAUUCUAAGUUCUUCGUCUUUAGAAAGUGGAGAUCUUGGCAAAGAAUGGAUGGAUGUGUUUGGUGAACCUAUGUAUCCUGCCCAACCCUUGAACCCAAACACUGGAGAAACAGACAAAAAUGCUGAAUCCUCAUCUGGUUUCCUCCCUUCUCAGCUCCUGGACCAAGACCUGAAUGACCUCCAGUCUUCUUUUCAAGGCAAGUUUUAUUUAUUUGUUUUAUUGUUAAUUUUAACCACUUAAGGACACGUGACGGAAAUAUUCCAUCAUGAUUACCUUUUAUUUCAGAAGUUGUGUCCUUAAGGGGUUAAUGUUGCACACUGCAUUUAGUCAACUUUGUUUACACUUUUUUUGGAGCUUUGAUAAAUCAGGAAUUCUCUACAAUUAAUUUGACCCCUUUUUAAUAUAUACCUUAGUAGGUAUUUUUCUCCAGCAGUAAUAAGUCUGAAAAGCUCAAAAAUGUGUACCAAAUUUUCUAUUGGUUAUUCCCUUGGAACAUGAGCCUGAAUUUUAGAUGUAGAAACCUGGAGAAUGUACUUCAUACAAAAAAAUUCAUAAUGGAACAAUGAUAAUAACGUCAAAUAAAGCUUUAACCCCUUAAGGACACAGUUUCAGAAAUAAAAGGGAAUUAUGAUGGAAUAUUACUGUCAUGUAAUAUUAAGGGGUUAAAUGUAGGCUAUAUCAGCUUUUGAUAUUCUGAAAGCACCACAAAAGUCCUCAGGGUUACAACCCAAGAUUUGUGGCAAUCACACUUCUUGGCUGCACGGUGGUUCGGUCAUUAGUUAUUUUACUCUACAACUAAUGAAAUGCUGGGAAAGAGUCUGUGAAAAGAAGGGACAGUGUAUCUCUCUUUACAUUCCACCCUCCUGGCAUAUGAGUGAUAGAAUAAUAACCUUAUUAAAGCGGCACUGUUACCCCCUUCCUCUCCCCCCUGAGAAAUUAGUAUUUAAUAAAGACAGAAUCUCUAUAAAUGCUCGUAUUGACUGUGUUAAACCCAACCCAGUCAAAAGAUGUACCGAAACAAAGUAGGGACUACUUUGCAUCAGUAUUUUUCCUUCACCUGACACUUCUAGACACUGGGCGGAGAUACCACCAUCAAGAAGUGUCAACCCCCUAGCCGUCACCAUAGAUCUUAAAGUUGUACUCUUGUACAUGCACGAGAAUGUAGCACUGAUGUUGGCUCCUGACGCUGAAGAGGACCAACAAGGUAAAGAUGGUGGCGCCCGCUAGGGAGAAGUUUAGGUAAGUAGAACUCACCAUUUUCUGUCCCUCCUGGCCACCAUAUCCCCAGCAGCAAAGGGCUGUUUUAAAGAAAACUAUAGCAUUAGGAAUACAAACCUGUAUUUCUCACAAUAUAGUGCCCCUGUCCUAGCUUUACACAGCUCCUCUCCUGUUUCCAAGAAAGAAAUUAAAGAUUUACUUACUUUAUUCCAGCCCUUAGGCUCCCUCUGCACUGCAUACCUCUCAGUCUCCUCCGACUUCACAGGGUCCAGCACCGGCCAGUCCAGUGCUCCUCAUACUUUCCUGUGGAGGCCUCCGUAUUACAUGACUGAGUUUUCCUCGGCCAGUUCAGUGAAAGAACAUCUAGUAACAUUGUGACAGCCACUAGAUGUAGAUUUAAAGGGCAGGGCCACUGCAUCCUGACCAUUCUUUGAGAUGAAAUGAUCCAGGUGACUGUUCCCUUUAAUGACAGAAGCUGCAAAUAGCAGUGUGACUCUCAUUAAUUCUGCCCUUUCCCAUACACCUGGAGAGGGCCUGUGUAGGUAAAAACAUGGUCAGUUCUCUCCAUAGCAGCAAAGUCCUUGUAUAUCGGUAAUGGAUGGGGGACUGAAUCAAGGGCAGCAACAGCUGCUGUCAAUGAGUUUGACUCCAUUUAAAAAAGAAAAAAAAAACUGACUCCCCCCAAUCCUGAACAUGCUAGGUCAUGUCUUUAUGCUGCCCUUUGAGUGAUUGAGCCCUAUCUCUGACCAUUCUAUAAAAUAUAAUAUAGUAUAAUAGGUACUCAAUGGUGAAAUAUGAGUCAGAUUAAAAUAACUCAAUUUUGGGGUUUACAUCUAUAACUAGCUGGCAGAUCGGGUUUGUAUCUUGGGGUUCUUAGGUUUAUAGCUGUGGCCAAGUUCUCCCUGCAGUCUGUUCCUCUUUGGCUGGCAUCACUUCCACUUGCCAGAGGGGAUGGGAGAGCAGAGAAGAUGGGCUAAGGGGAGAACAUUGGGGGGGGGGGCAUGCUACCAUUGGCUGUCUGGUGUUUGCAUGCUGUACGUGCUGGUAUUAGAUGCCAAAGGUGUGCAGGAAUUCUUGUUCCAAACUGGCUAAUGGCACCCCAAUGGUGUGGCCAGAGGUGAAAUUACACUUCUGGCAGCAGACGGGUUAAACUCUGUAUGUACAGAGUUUGGUUAAGAAAUGCUGCACAUAAAGACUUCAGGCUCCAAUCAGGGAAGUGGUGACGGUGCUUAGAGUAACCCUUUAACUAUUCUAUUCCAUAAUGCUUGUUGUGCGUGUUGUAUGUUGCUAUUGUUUUUUUACUGUGAGAACCUUAAUAACAAAAAAGAUGACGAUUAAGUGUGUGUUAGGAAAAUGUAGUCCUUUGUUUAUAAUUCUGGAAACAUUAAAAAAAGAAAAGUUAAACUUGUGUCUUGUAAUCUCUCAUAACAUCCGUAAUAGCUUAUUUUUGGUUUCCUGGAUUCAAAAUACUCUUAUCUUAAACAGUCUACUCUUAAACCCUCAAAGCAGUUUUACUAUUUACCAUAGAGCAUGCUGAAUAUGAAUUAGUGAUAAUUGGUAAAUGAGAAAAUUCCCUUGUGGUUCAUAUUUAUGUAACUGAGAAAACAUAUUAUUUAUGGUAGAGACGUUAUUGCAUGUUUAAUGUAAUGUGGUUUAAUAUUGCUUUACAGACUGGACUGCUGGUAAUGUGACCUCUCCAACACCUCAGCCCACACCUCCAUCAAGCUACCCAAGUACAAAUAUUAAUAAGCUACAAAUGAAAGGUAACUUCAGACUUCCUUCCUGGCAUAUUUUACUAAAAUUAUAUAUGGUUUCCAUGUUGUAAUGAAGGUGUGAAAUUCAACAGAGUAACAAACAUUGAUGUUUUUUUAGGAAUACAUUACAAGAAUAUAUUUUAAAUGAAUCCUUCUGUAGAACAGUGUAGACUAGAGUGUGGAAUAUACUUUGGUGGAAUUCCUUAAAGAAUGUUACUGUGGUUUUUACCUGCAGAGUUAUACACUAAACUAUAAGAUUUUGGAAUCUGGCAAUUGAAUUUCACAUAUUAGGUCAAAAAAGCAGAAUUAGAAGAUAGACAGAGGCAGAAAAUGUCUCUAUUUCUGCUGCUUUGGCUCAAUAUGUGAAAUUGCGUAGUAAUGUUUGACAAAUGGUUUGGUAAACCUGCUAGUCUUUCAGAGCAAGGGUCCAGAUGAUGAUGAUAAAUGCAAUUUUAUUCCAUAAAACAGAGUUGCUGCAAUAUUUUCCCUGCAGAAAUUGUUGACUGUUGCUCCCAUAAUUCUGGCAGCUGUUUUAGUCUGUCGGUGUAUGAGCUUUCAGAAAAAUAAUAGGAACUGUAGUUCCCCAACAACUAGAGGGCUUAUACGCCUUUCUUCACCAAAUGCCCGGACCUGAGGUGGUGGAUAAUAAAAAUAUGGCAUGCAUAUGAAUAUGGCAGGCAAUAUUCUGUUCACUGUAUAUUAAGAGCAGUGGGAUUUCUAAACAUGGGCUUGUAACAAGUCUCUAGCCAAGAAGAUAAAUAAAAAUCUUUCUGGAGAAAAACACCUUCAGUAAAGUAGAAGCCUUUUAAAGACCCUGUUUGUUAAGUGUUCUUGCAUAGCAAGACCACUUAAUGUUAUCUCACAUAUAUAUUAUUCUUAUUCUUAUUAUAGCCAAAUUUACCACCCUAACUCCUCCCACAGUUUUUACACUACAUAGACAGUAAUAUACUGAAACGUGCGGAUUGUUCCCGGUUGGUGUGCUAUUACUUUGUGAAACGUUUCGCCAAAUGGUUCACGAAAUAUCGUCGUUCUUGUGGCAAAAUUGGUCCCAUAGGAAUGAAUGGCAAAAUGUUCAAAACUAGCGUGGGAGCUGGCAAAAGCUGAAAAAUCAGGACAUGAUUUCUCAACUGCCACCACUCCCUCAUUUUCAAGCUCCCCUACACAAAUCUUAUAUCAAAAUGUUCAGCUAUCCCUGCUGCCACUAAACAUGUCCACGGCUAAGCCAUAGUCCUGAUAGUUUUCACAAUAUGACCAUUUAUUUGCAACUCACGCCAUCCAUUGACAUUCAUUGAAACUCCACUGCAGCCAGCUUAAAUUUGAAGAGCAAUUUCUAAACUGCGACUGUGCCUUCAUUUUUAAUACUUCAGAGACAUAUUAUGCAUCAAAAUGUAGGCCUGGGUCUUGUGAUUCUCACAAUAUAAAGCUCUUCGCUGUAGGAUUUAUAGUUUUUAAAAUGCGACCGUUUGAAGAUGGCAGGCUGGAGCAGCAAGUGAUGUCAUAGACAGGGCCUUUUGUACACCUGCUAAUGUUUUUAUAAAUUUAUGUUUUAAUGUAACUGUGAAGCACUUUGGGCAACAACGUUGCAAUUAAAUGUGCUAUAUAAUUAAAUAAAAGUUGCAUUUCUCACUCUAUCAAGCUUGCCAUGUGCACUUUUUUAAAUUUGAUCAAUCAAUUGGUUAGUGUAAUGUUUACUAUCUUUACUCACUCCAAACACUCCACACAGUUACUCUGCCCACUCCAUAAAGUUACUCUGCCCAGUCCAACCUUUCCACAGUUACUCCAGCCACUCCAACCACACAACAGUUACUCAAGCCACUCCACCCAGUUACUCCACCCACUCCAGUUGUAGACUACUGGUGGAGGCAAGAACACUUCACACAAUUUCCCCAGAAAUUGUAGCUUUCCUAGUUUCAGAUGGUCUUUCCACAUUGGGAUUCACAAUGCAUCGCUGAGCAAGCCUCGGUCCAUAGUAAUGUCUGCCAAAGGGCAGUCCCCUUUUGGCUCCCCACUGCACUGAUCAAUCUUAAAUAGAAGCUCUAUUUUCAGAAACCAUUAUUCCACUCAUAGAAAGCGUGUGCCACACAAUACACAGCUGAUGUCAUAAGCCGUGCUAUCAACACUCCCCAACACAUGCCUGUAAAGAUGCACACGUGCAAGUUUGCUUGCAUAUUUAAAUCAGAAUAAACCUACACUGAACAAAGUUAUAAACGCAACACUUUUUUGUUUUUGCCCCCAUUUUUCGUGAGCUGAACUAAAAAACCUAAGACUUUUUCUAUGCACACAAAAGGCCUGUUUCUCUCACAUAUUGUUCACAAAUCUGUCUAAAUUUGUGUUUGUGAGCAAAGGAGAAGUGCUCACUAAGAAGUGCUCACACAGAUUUAGACAGAUUUGUGAACAAUAUGUGAGAGAAACAGGCCUUUUGUGUGCAUAGAAAAAGUCUUAGAUCUUUGAGUUCAGCUCAUGAAAAAUAGGAGCAAAAACAAAAGUGUUUCAUUUAUAAUUGUAUUCAGUGUAUAUAAAUCUUCACCAAGCCAAAAAAAAAAAGCACAUACAAAUGCUUAGUUUGUUUUUUUAACAAGCCCUAUCAUUGCUCCAUUUACAGUUUAUAAGCCUAGACCUAGAACUGGGCAUUUAUAUAUAACACACACACACAUAUAUAUAUAUAUAUAUAUAUAUAUAUUAUUGUAAAAAUGCUGUACAAUUGAGAGUCCAUUCCUGCUGGACAAAGAUUACAUAACAUACUUAUUUUUUUCCCUGUCUUUCACCUUUCAGAGAGCACCAAACCUGCUAAAGACCUGUCUGCUUGGUACAAUCUCUUUGCUGACCUGGAUCCGCUAUCUAAUCCUGAUGCUGUUGGGAAAACCGAUAAGGAACAUGAACUGCUGAAUGCCUAA